GGUUAUCGCCGGAUGUGUGUGAGUUUUUUUCGCGGCUCUCAUGAUUCUUGUGACGGAUAAGGAAAUCGAAGCUUGGUUAUCUGCACCGAGAGCUCCAGGUUCUCCUCGAAUCCAGACAGCCAUCACUGCUGUCUGUCUUAGUGUCACAUUAGAAGGUUUCUGUGCUGUGUGGGACCCACUCUCACUGACAGGAGCCACACUCUCCUGGUCAUGGAGGAGGAUACAGACUCACCCCCCGAGAGAGAGACAAAGGUAUGGGGAAAAACUGGGUCUGAUGCCUCUGGGUGCUCCAGGGUUUAAUUCCAGCCCUUGCAUGUCCUGCAGAUCUUUUUAGUUUUAAAGGACCACUAUAGGCGCCCAGACCACUUCAGCUUAAUGAGGUGGUCUGGGUGCCUGGUCCAGCUAGGUUUAACCCUGCCUGCUGUAAACAUAGCAGUUUCUAAGAAACUGCUAUGUUUACAUUAGGGUUAAUCCAGCCUCUAGUGGCUGUCUCAUUGACAGCCGCAAGAGGCGCUUCCACGCUUCUUACUGUGAUUUUCACAGUGAGAAGACGCCAGCGUCCAUAGGAAAGCAUUGAAAAUGCUUUCCUAUGGACUGGCUGAAUGUGCGCGCAGCUCUUGCUGCGCAUGCAGCCGAAGAGGGAGGAGAGUCUCCAGCACUGAGGGAGCCUGGCGCUGGAGAAAGGUGAGUGUUUUAACCCCCUUCCUCCAUCUUCAGCCGUGCGAGAGUGGGAGUUUUCCUGGCACGAGUUUGUUUUCCUGGCACUAUAGUGGUCCUUUAAUCCUUAUCACUUUUAGCUAGAGUAAAUGAGAUGAGACUUUUGAUCCUCCAAGAGUUAUUGAAAUAAAGUUCUCCAGUUCUAAAAGUCAGAUGAGUACCUCUCUUUAUUGCAAAUUCACUGAUCUUAUGAUCCUUGAGGUAGGACUGACACACAAGCAAAACACACAUGGGAUACGGCUGUGGAAUCUAAAAAGAACAUAGACAAAACUUAGUGUAAUACAAUUUUAACAAAUAAUGUGCGCUGUGCAAAAAUGCACUCACAAGAUGUGGAUAACAGCUGUUAGCUUUGUAUAACCAUCUGUAAUUUACUUUGAUUUUAUGGUCUCUGUGGAAGUUCCAACUGUGGGACGAAACGCAUAAGACCACCACAACUACUGCUGUUUUACCAAUUUUAUUUGAUUUAUAAUAAAAGCUGCUAUUUUAUACUACCAUCCAGAGUCCUGAUUUACUGCUAUCCUGCAGACAGCGGAGAGGGAUCCAUUGCUUCCCCCGAUGUAAUUGGGUGGCUCCCUUUGAGCGCAUAAUGUCUAGAUCUUGUGAGUGCAUUUUUGUACAGCUCACAUAAUUUGUUAAAAUUGUAUUUCACUAUGUUUUGUCUGUCCUUUUUAGAUUCCACAGCCGUAUCCCACAUGUGCUUUGCUUGUAUUCUGGUUUUAAGAUCACUACCUGGGAAGUGAUCCAUUGGGAGGCUGUCCACUUGAUUUACCUGAUAAGUAUAUUGCAUACUUAUUUCACAUGUGAUUGUGGUGAGUUUUGUCACAGCCACCAUUUUUCCCAGUGACUGCCCCUUAAUGACCAAUGAUGGAAUAUUUCUGUCAUGGAUGUCCAACCAAUAAGAAUCCAUGAUGGAAUAAUUUUGUUGUUUUUUUUAUUUUAUUUUUUUAUACCAGAAGAGACCUAUUGCCUGCUAGUAACAGGGAAGUCUCAGGUAUUAUUUGAUACCUGGUGCUCACAUCUGUCAGCUGGGCCAGAAUAAGUAAUCACAUGCUGAUCAGUGAGCUGAAACCAAUGCUCAAAGUGUGUGCAACGUACAGCCCUUUAAAUCAGUUUGUUUGAAUAUGCGGGUUGCAGUGUCUCCCGCCAAGCCGCCUGCAGCGCAAUUACCGACUGCAAAGGAUGAUCAGCGCUGGGCUUUGCUGGCAUCCAAAUGCUGAUUAUUAUUAGUAUUAUUAUUAUUAUUAUUAUUACCAUUUAUAUAGCGCUUUACAAUAUUAUGAGAGGGGAAUUUAACUAUAAAUAGGACAAUUACAAAAAACUUACAGGAACGAUAGGUUGGAGAGGACCCUGCUUAAACGAGCUUACAUUCUACAGGAGGUGGGGUGUAAAACACAUUAGGGCAGGAAUUUGCAGUUAAAUAAGGUGGGCUGCACAUUAGGAGGGAGCAAGAGACAGGUAUGUAAGGUAGAGGUUACUCUGGGAGGCGAUAAUCUUCCCUAAAGAGAUGGAUUUUAAGGCACUUCUUAAAAGAUGCAAGUCUAGGGAAGAGUCUGAUGGCGGUAGGCAGGCUAUUCCAUAGGAAGAGAGCCGUCCGUAAGAAGUCCUGCAAGCGUGAGUUGGCCGUACUGGUGCGGACAACGGACAGGAGCUGGUCACGGGCAGAGCGGAGAGACAGAGAAGGGACAUACCUAUGGAUCUGUGAGGAGAUAUGAGGGGAUAGAGUUAUUCAGUGCUUUAUAGGUGUGAAUUAGUACCUUGAAUUGACUCCUAUAGCAAACAGGAAGCCAAUGUAAGGACUGGCAGAGGGGUGAGGUGUGAGAGAAACAACUAGAGAGGAAAAUCAGUCUGGCAGCAGCGUUCAUUAUGGACUGUAGCGGUGCAGUACGGCUUUUGGGAAGACCAUGAGUGGUCACGGCUGCAGGGAGGAUUAAAUAUUAUCGUGACCUUUUAUUAUGACAUGACUUAGCAGCUGAGUAGGAAAUAACUCUCCUCAUGCUGCAAUUGUAAAGGGAACUAUAAGGGAUUCAAUGCUUUCCUAUGGACGCUGGCGUCUCCUCACUGUGAAAAUCACAGUGAGAAGCGGCUGUCAGUGAGACAGCCACUAGAGGCUGGAUUAACCCAUAUGUAAACAUAGCAGUUUCUCUGAAACUGCUGUGUUUACAGCAGGCAGGGUUAACCCUAGAGGGACCUGGCACCCAGACCACUUCAUUGAUCUGAAGUGGUCUGGGUGCCUAUAGUGGACCUUUUAAUGUAGGAGUUCUGGUGAGUAUAAUAGUGCCCUUCGGGCAUUUUCAAAAGGCGGUGUUUACAUUGCCCCUGGGGACAUCUUCAAGUGGCCACUCCUCAGAUGUCCACUGGAGGUGCUUGCUGGCUCAGGGUUGCACAGUAUGUAUUGAUUCAAUGCAUCUCUAUGAGGAGGUCCCGAUUGGCCAAAACAGCAUUUGGCUCCGCCCACGUUCACAAUUUUAGCCAAUCCAAUGCUUUCCCUAAGGCUUAUUAGAAGUCCUUUUAAAAGGAAUGAGGGAAUUCACAAAAAGAUAGAUCACUGAUUUGUAAACUUAAUAAGUAAAAUACUGAGAAUAUGAGUGAGAGUUACCCCUACCUCUCACAAUUUUUUUUUUACACACCAAGUUUUUUUUGUUUGUUUUUUUUUUUUUAAUACACAAAUUAUCUCAUGAUUAAAGCAAAUUGGAAUAUUGGAGGAAUGUUUGGUUUUAACCAUAUGGUAUAUAUCCACUUUCAGGGACCCCUUCCCGCCGGACUCUGGGGAGAGGAAGGGGUUAAACUCACCUCUUUUUCCAGCGCUGGGCGGGGAGCUCUCCUCCCUCUUCUCCUCAUCUUUGGGUGAAUGCGCAUGCGUGGCAGGAGCCACACGUGCAUUCAGCCAGUCCAUAGGAAAGCAUUCACUAUGCUUUCCUAUGGACGCUGGCGUCUUCUCACUGUGAUUUUCACAGUGAGAAGCACGCAAGCGCCUCUAGGGGCUGUCAAGAGACAUCCACUGGAGGCUGGAUUAACCCAUUUAUAAACAUAGCAGUUUCUCUGAAACUGAUAUAUAUAUAUAUAUAUAUAUAUAUAUAUAUAUAUAUAUAUAUAUAUAUAUAUAUAUAUAUAUAUAUAUAUAUAUAUAUAUAUAUAUAUAUACACAUAACGUAUAUUGUACCGAGGUAAGGUAAUAACCCUUCCCUUUUGAGCUCAACGUCAAAGCACGUUAGACUCAACUGAGUCCAAACCCAGGCACCACCGUACAUAGAAGAAAACAAGACAAGACAUGUACUUAUAGAGUAUCUCCUAUGAUUUUAUACUAUUUUCUCAGUCUACUUAAAGGUCUUCAACUUAAUGGUGGUCUGGGUGCCAGGUCCAGCUAGGGUUAACCCCCUUUUUUAUAUAUAUAUCCCCUUACCUCGGUACAAUAUACGUUAUGUGUUGUCUUUUGUAAGUGGGUACACGAGGAGGACUGGCAUCCUUUUCCUCAUGUAAAUUAUAUGUUGUUUAUUGUAAGUGGAAGAUGCCAUGUGGGUUUAGAAAGGGAGCUUAGCAGUAUACUAACUGUCACCCAUCCAUGGUUAGAUGGAUGACUCUAAAUGUUCGGGGGUUAAAUACGAUUUUAAAAAGAACUAUCCUAUCUAAAACUCUAAAUAAAGGGCAUAUAGAUAUUGGCCAAUUCAAGCAUCCCAUUGGUCCAGAAAAAAAAAAUCAAAAAAAAAAUCGCGUAUUAAAGGACCACUAAAGGCACCCAGGCCACUUCAGCUCAAUGAAGCGGUCUGGGUGCCAGGUCCCCCUAGUUUUAACCCUGCAGCUGAAAACAAAGCAGUUUCAGAGAAACUAUGUUUACACUACAGGGUUAAUCCAGCCUCUAGUGGCUGUCUCGUGAGUUUUCCGCGAUUUUAUAUUGAGUAAAUUUCACUUUUUUUUUUAUGCUGGACGUCCUCACGAAGUCCAGCGUCAAAUAAGAUUCUCAUGGGAAAGCAUUGAGUAAUGCUUUCCUAUGGGCCGGUUUGAAUGCGCGCACCUCUGCCCGCUCAUGCACAUUCGGCUCCACUGACGUCAGCAGGGGAGGAGAGGUCACCAGCGCCGAAGGAGCCCGGCACUGGAUUAAGCGCCAUAGGAGGGGAAGCCCAGAGGGAGGGGGGCACUCCAAGAGCCUAUAGUGCCAGGAAAACAGACUUGUUUUCCUGUCACUAUAGGAUCCCUUUAAGGGCUAUAUAAUGGCAGCAGAAUCCUCCUAAGUUUUAAAAAAAAAAGGGGGGGUGUUGGGGGGUAAUGAAUUGUAAUGGUAGAGGUAGAUCAGGAACGAGGAUCAUUGUCUUAGUAUGUCGUUGGAAUGGAAAGUUAUAUACAAUUGUAAAUGUGUAUGCCCCUAAUAAAUCCCCACAAAUCUUUUUAAGGAAAAUAUUGAAUAGAAAGAAAUAGUAAUUCAAUCUAAGAAGUUUUUAACAGAUUCUGAAGGAGCAUUCUUUAUAUGAUAUCUGGAGAGCCUUCUUCCCGAAUGAACAGGAUUAUACGUAUUUCUCACAGAUUUAUCUCUCCUAUUCCAGAUUUGCAUGUUCCUAGGUGAAGCUCCGUUUAUGAGAGAAAACUAAAUGUAACAUAAGAGAAAUUACUGAAUUUUUUUAUUUUAUUUUGUUUUUAAGAAAAUGAUUCCAAGGAAAUCCAGCCAGCAAAUAUUUGGUGUUCAUAUAAAUGCGUUUUGAGGGACCAUCUAAUAAUGUUGGGGUCUAGAGACAGAAGGAAAGAUGAGCUUCUGCUCCCAAAGCUGCUUUUUAGAACAAUUGUCAAGAGCAAAUAAACAAAUUCCAUCAGAUUCAAUAAUUAAGAAGAUAGUAGAAAUUAAAAACAAAAUAAACUGACAUCAUGAAAAAAAAAAUGAAAGCAAAUUUAAAAAGGCUAAAUCAAAUUUGGUAUUAUAAAAAUAACAAGGCAGAUAAACUUUUGAAUCAUUCCAUUUUAAACCACAAGCUAUUGGCGCUGCAAUUGGUCGUUUCUGUAGGAAGCUUUAUAAUAUCCCGAAGCAUACUUCUUCUCUAACUUCGGCAGAAUAUCUAAAUAAUAUGAAAUCACCCACCCUUUCUAACCCCUUAAGGACACAACUUCUGGGAUAAAAAGGAAUCAUGAUGGAAUAUUUCCAUCAUCUGUCCUUAAGGGGCUAAAGACCAGCUGAAUUCUCUAAAUCAACCAUUUUCUGUAGAAGAAGAAUGAGAAAAGCCAUAGAUCAAUUAAAAAAAACAAUGUUGCCCCUGGCCCGGAUAGGUUUACAAACCUAAUUUUCAAGAUACUAAAAAAUCAUUUGGAAUAUAGAUUAUUAAAUGUAUUUAAUUCAAUAGGCUCAGGAUUAAAUUUCCCUAGCGAAAUGAUGCAUGCAAAUAUAAUCCCCAUUCUAAAAGUAGAGAAUGAUCCCACACAGGUAGCUAUCGACCAAUUUCACUUUUAAAUACUGACUCUAUUAUUGGCAACAAGGCUAAAAGAAAUAAUGCCUGACUUGGUAAUAAAGAUCAAGUAGGUUUGUAGUUGGCAGAUCAUCUGACAGCAAUAUGACACGCCUCAUUCAGAUACGAUUCAGCAAAGAAACAGAAAACCCCCAUGUUGGCCCUGUUUUUAUAAAAAAAUAUUUUCACAGGGUCAACUGGGGGUUUAUGAUAGAUACUUUAAGAAAAUAACACACAAAAUAUGGUAUAAAAGUGAAGUUUUGUUCUCCGGUUGGAAAGACCUGAGUCUCUUAUCCUCAGGUUUGAAUAAAAAUGAAAUAAAUGCUUAUAAAAAUAAUUUAAUAAUGUAUAGUCUUUUGGGGUUUUGGAGAGAAUGGAAAAAAAAAUGGGUAUUCAAUGCUGUGCUCUCCCCGAUACAUUUUUUGGAUGAGAAUAUCUCAGAUUUAGGCAUUAAAAGAUGGAGCCAAUAAGGUGGAUAUGGCCAGUUGUGAAAAGAUGGAAAAAUUCAAGAUUUCCCCCAACUCGUGUUGGAGCUCUCCCUCCUGAAUAAUGAAAUAUUUACUUAUUUGAGAGUAAGAGGCCUUCUAAUGAAAGUAAAAAGGAAUGCUAUAGAAAUUUUUUAAAAAUAGGCAAAUUAUUGGAAGGAGAAAUAAUGAUCAGGAAAAUUAUUAAAAAUGAUCGACUGGAAAUAGGUGAUGAUUAUUUGGUAAAAUCUAAGGCCCUGAUUAUAUGGGAGAGAGAGAGCUCAGACAUGAGAUAGAUAUAAAUAAAUGGUACAGUAGUAUACCAUAUCUUUAAAACAACUAUAUACAUUGAUAUAUAUAUGGCACUUUGUGCCAGAGAAAUUAAAUAAGAUGUAUGAGAAGUGCUCUAGUUUUUGCUGGAGAUGUAAGAGAGAAAUAGGUUUUUAUACUCUUAUCUGGUGGACCUGUGCAUUGUUGGGUAUUGGUUGCUUCAAAUUUGGAAAACCUGGACAUUAGGGGAAUCAGAAGGGAACAAGAAACUUAUCUUUUGCAUUUAAGUUGGCCGAGUCUAAUUAAAUUACAAAAACAAAUCUAGCAGCAAAAAUCGUAAUCGCUCGGAGAUGGAAAACCCAAGAAGUCCCUACGUGGCACUCCUUAAAAGAGCAAAUAAACUUUCAAUUACAAAUGGAAAGAGGGCCAUCACAAGAGAAACAAAAUGUCUUCGGAGAAGAAGUGUACAAAUACUGGGAAAUACGGGUUUUAAGCUUACUAAAUAUUAGCUCAAUAUAAGAUAUGGAUUGGUAAAGAAAAAUACCCCCAACCCCCCCUGAAACCUAACCAAUACUUAUGCAUAUUAAGCUCCCAAAGCUAAAUUAACCACUUAAGGACAUGUGACAUGUCAUGAUUCCCUUUUAUUCCAGAAGUUUGGUCCUUAAGGGGUUAAAGUAAUUUAGAAUAAAAAUCCAGCAUGGCAUCAUCCACCGUUUAAUUGUAUUUUGGUAUUGUCUGUUCUUGGUCUUGUGAUGUAGUUUUAUUUUUAAUAUGUUUUUGAUGUAUAUAAAAGAAAAGGAAAUUGGGGUAAAAAAAUAAAAAUGUUAAAAAAAUUGAUGAUCUGGAAAAUUGUUUUCAAACUCAUUCAUAGUCCCAACUUGACUAUUUUUGCUUCAGCUUUCCUAUUUACUAUUUGGAUUCUAGUUUAGUGAGUAAACCUGUGUAAGAGUUUUAAGUUGUUGUACUUUAUUUUAACUCUUUCUCUUCCCUUCAAUUUCUAGGACUUCCAUUUCCGCCAACUGAAAAAGACACGGAUUUUUGAUCCUCCUCGAGAAAUCCUCAAAGAGCGCUCCAAUCUCUUGGCAAUCUCUAAUAAAUAUGGCCUCAUCUUUGCUGGAGGCUCAUCAGGGCUGAAAAUCUAUUACAUUAAAGAUCUACUUGUACCAAUCAAGGCUGGAGAAGAUCCAAAUUCUAUCGGUAAUGCCCUUCAUUGCAUAGCUCACCACUAACCAUUAACAAACUCCACAGACUGCAUGACUACAAAUGCCACCAGUUGUCUGAGAAUUAUGAGAGGUAUAGUCCAGCACAAUAUACUGGUAUCUGUGCUUAGAAUUUCAAUUCUUAAUCUACCAACCAAGGAGUCAAUAUGAAUCAACAGGUUUAUCCGUUGCACCCCUUAUUUCCCUCAAUAUGACACCCGUCUGCCAGUUCUAUGUCAGCAGUUCAUUCUUUCCUCUCCAUUUUCUGUAGCUCGUAACAUUGAUCGUAGUAGCCCAUAUUUCAUGGCCAUUGUGGGGAAGUGGUAAUGUUGGGUCAUGGGAAAAACUUGUUUGAGAGUAAAGCAACAAUUAACCCAAAUGCAAGUUAUUAAACUCUCUGCCCAUUGCCUGUGUUCUAAUUUUUUUAUUUGUAAUGUAGUUUUUCGCGGUUUUUAAGUUUGGUUUAAAAGGAAAUAGCAGGAAAACUCUGCUGUACCUUCUCGAUACUUUAAAAGUGCUUUACCAGUAAGUGUCUUUGGGCAACUCCUUCCUGGAGCCAGCCUUAUGUUUGGGAAAACAUUUAUAAAAAAAUAAAUAAAAAAUUAAACUGUUACCUUUUGGCUUACUCUGUUGUACAUAGCUUCUCGAAAUAUUUUAAUGUAAUAUUAACCUUAUUAAGUGGAAAGUUGAUAUAUUGGCAUGUCUUUUGGCAGCAUUUCCGCCACCCCCAAGAGAUUGUUAUUGUGUUCAACUGUUUAUGAAAUAAUAUCAGGCUUUAUACAAACUGUGCCAUUUUUCAUCCUUUACAGUUGCAGGCCCUCCUGGUAUAACAGUGCCCUUGAAACUUUCCACUCACCAUGUGGCUCUGAGCUCUGACAGUUUGACAUUAUCUGUGUGUGUAGCCUCCAGUACUCAUGGCACUUUCAUCUCAUUUUAUGAUGUACGGACUCUGCUAAAUGAGGUGAGAUUCUUUCUUGGCGGGGGAAAAAAAGACAAGUGUGCUGAAAAGUACAGGCAAUGCAAUAAUCUUCCAUGUCUUAUUAUUUGUUAACUCCUGAGAAGAUUUGUUAAGAUGUCACUAAUGGAAAAAUGGUGUCGAUUUGUAAAAGUGGGCCAGUUACUGUGGAAAACAAUAAUCUGAAUGGAAUCGACAAUAAGAUUGCAAUGAUUUCUAUGGUGAUUGCUCCACUUCUACAAAUGUUAUUUAUAUACAUGCACCGUUUAAAUCCGCAGUGACUUCCAACCAAUUAUACAAUGCCACCAGUGGUCCAGAAUUUAAGGCUUAUCUCAAAAUCACAACGUUUAAGUUUCCUAAAAGAAGAAAAGAAACUAAAUGAAUAAUAUUUAUGUAACUGUUUGUUUUUUAAAAGAACACUAUAGUUGUGAUGGGGGGCGGCCUAGCAGAUGGAUAUAUGGUGCACAGAGAGUGGAUCACUUAGGGCAAGGGUGGAUGUUUCCACGAUUGGGCCAUGUACACGUUGAGAGAAACGGCUGAGGCAGCUGAAUUAUUUUUAUUACAAAAAGACAAUCAAGCAACCCCAUUGUACAGGCUGGCUGGAUAUUGCUGUUGUGGUUUGUUUCUCAUUUGGUAAUCUGAUCACAUGCACAAUCUGUUGUAUUUGCACACCUAUGUAUACCAAAAUGCCCUGUGAUUUCAUAUUUUACUUGUAUUGCUUGUACCGUAACUUAUGACUGCCCACAUAUAAGUAAAAAAGAAAACAACACUAGAAUUACCCAGACCAUUUCAUCUCAAUGUAGUGGUCUGGGUGCAGUGAUCCUAUGUCCAUUUACCAACACAACUAUAAUGCAUUUGAUAGGUUUUGCUAUGCUCUAUUUUUUGCAUGUUUAAAUCUUUGCAGUUUCUGCACCAAAACAAAUUGAAAUGUUUUGAAUGAUGCGCCAUGUAUAAUUUGUUUUAUAGUUAUUAUUUAGACUGUUUCUUAUUUGUCAUUCAAAAGAAUUAAGUGUUCAUCUCAAGGAUACUUUUUUCCUUCUCUAGGCCAAACCGCAGAAAAGGCCUUUUGCUUUUUAUGAGCUAACAAAAGAUGGUAAUAAUCGUGUAAUCGAUCUCAAAUGGAACCCAGCAACACCAAACCUGGUGGCCAUGUGCCUAGAUGAUGGUAGUAUAACAGUCCUACAGGUCACGGACGCCGUCAGUGCUUACGCCACUCUGCCUGCCACUGUGGGUGUGACAGCAGGUGGGUCACCUGGAAUUUUUAUACCAGUAGUUUUAUUACAUAUAGAUUUUCCUGUGUUUCUUUAUCCUUGGAUAGAGGCCAAAAUUGGUUCACGUCAUGGUUGAACCAUGCAUGUUAUAUUUAUCGGGACCCAAGAAACUGUCCACUGUAGCAUAUAAGCUAUAUUAUAGGUUUAGAAUGAGUCACUGAACCUAUUUUGCAAUUAAGAAAUUAGUUGCCUAGUUAUUGCCUUGUACAUAAUUUAGGUCUCUGACAAAAAAGUUCAAAACCACUAGAUUAGGGAUUUGAAUAUAUCUGUUUUCAUAAAACUGCAUUGCUAUAGUGAUUUUAAAAUUAUAGAUCAAAAUGGGGGGAAAAUUCUUAAUUAAGAUUUCAGUUCCGCUAUUUUGACCGAAUAUGUUCCAAUUAGUUCACUCUUUGAAUUAUCCUGUGUAGAGUCUGUAAUCUGGUAUGAAUUCUACCUCUGUAGAAAGGUCAGGCUUUCUGUUAAGAACUGGAUAGAGAAUACAACAUACUAUUACACCAAAUGCAAGGAAUUUACUACCAUUUCUGCAAUGUCUCUUUUCAUGAUUAUCAUUACUAUAAUUGUUAUUGUAAAGCAUCAACCUAUUUAUACAUUAAAUAGAACAGUGAUUUAAAGGCAUUUCAAAUGUAACUUGAUUGAAUGAAACAGAUUGCUACAUUUGUUAGAGAGGACCUUGUUCAUAAGCUUAAAAUCUAGAGGGACCAAUGAAAUGCAAGGUAUUGAGGAAGAUGGUAAAGUUAUAUACUCUGUGCAGACAUCAUCAAAAUGAUGGUGGUUUUAAUAGAUUUCUUAAAAAAAUAGGGAGGAGAUGCUAGAAGUUAUAAAAGGAAGCUUGAAACAUUGAGUUUCUAGAUAGAAGAGGUGAGCUGAAGAAUAAAAGGGCCACAGUGGUGAUCAUAUUUAAUUAUAUAUAUUUUUCUUCCCAUUUUAGUGUGCUGGAGCCCAAAAGGGAAGCAACUUGCUGUGGGCAAGCAGAAUGGCACAAUCGUUCAGUUCCUUCCAGUAAGUGACUUAAUAAAUCUGUGACGGUCGGUAAAGCUCUUAACAUCCAACAUGGUGCGAUAAAGUGCUUGCGAUGUGCAGUGCACAACAAUUGGGUCCUCGAAGAUUAGCGGACUAUGUGGGUACUUGAAAACCACAGCUGUAAAGAGAAAGUAUGCUAAAAGUUGAUACAAGUAACCAAAUAAUGAUGGCUGCAGUUCUGUGAUUAAAUCAGCAACACUGUAAUGGAAGUGUAGUAUUGUAAAUACACAAUGAAAGUGUAACACUUUCCGGUGCCAUACGGAGUAACUGCAGAUCUUUUCACAAGUUAAUAUCCGCUAGAUAGGCCGGUAAAUAGGUACAGAUAAAUCAGAGCUUAAUAGAAAAUAACCCAAAGUUCCAUAGCAUAAUUAAGUGAAAAUAACAAUCAGCAGCACCACUUGAACUCUUGUACAUAGAGUUUAGUAAACUAGAGCCAGCAGACCUAUACAUUAUCAGUGAAAGACAGUGAGGUACCAAAGUGUCUCUUGCUCCCUCACCCCAGUAAGCACUGUUGUAGCAUUUAAUAAGAUUAAAUGGGGAAUAAUGCCAAGGGUGACAAGUGUUAAAAAAAAAAAAGUUGCCGCUUCUUCACUUUCACUCUCUGGACUGCUCAGGCGUACCCUAGCAUCUACAGAGGAAUUAUGUGUGGGCAUGGGCAUUGUGUUAGUAGUGCUGUAUGAAUGCAUAUGCCAAGCACAUAUAACUGCAGGGGUCAAAGGCAUACUAUACACCCAAAAAUAAAUGUAACUUAAUUAAGCCAUUUUGGUGUUCGUUCUUCUGCAGUCUCACUGCUCAACUCUUUGCCAUUUAUGAGUUAAAUCUCUUUGUUUAUACAGCCUAGUCACACCUCCCUGUGUGUGACUUUCACAGCCUUCCUAAACAUUUCUUGUAAAGAUAGAUCUAAUAUUUAAACAUUAUUUGCUGUUGAUUCUAAAUGUGAGGAAGGCUGAACUUGAUGGACACAUCUCUUUUCAGCCUAUGUAACAUGGAAAAUGACAAUACACGUGGAGACUUUUUUUAAAGCGCUGCCUUUUUAAAAAAAAAAUUAUUUAAAAAAAUAUAUAUAAUAUUCAUGAGGUUCCGCAGAUUGAGACAAGUGGCAGUAAAUAAGGCCUUCAAGGGCAGCACCCAUACACAUUAGAGCUUUGAGAACCCUGGAAAGUCUUCAGUGGACACCUCUGAAUAUAUGUAAGAGAAAGCGCAAUGAUCUGCUUUUUAACAUGCGGUGCCAUUAUUGAAUGUGUACAAAGAGUCACUAUUCUUUUGUACAUAUCUUGAUUGUAGUGGAAUUUCAGUGAAAGUACAGUGUCCAUUUAGGUCAGGGGUGCCCAAAAGGAAGAUCCCUAUAUUUUGUAGAACUACAGCUUCCAUGAUGCUUUGGCAUUUUAAAGCAUUAUAAAGGCAUGCAGAGCAUCAUGGAAGCUGUAUUUUACAACAUCUGGGGAUCUAUUUUUUUGGGCACCCCCGAUUUAGGUUCUAUUAUUUUGAAACUACACAACUUUAUUGUACUGAUCAUACAGUAGCCUUUGUACACAACUUAGUGGAUUGAGUUAUAUUUAAUCUAUUAUAUCUACUGAAUCUUAAUAAUCUUUUUUUUCAGAAUCUUCAGGAGAAGAAAGUCAUUCCCUGCCCCACCUUUUAUUCAGAGAACCCUGUAAAAGGUGCAAUUUAUCUUCCAAUACCCAUAUACUAGUAAAUGUAAUGUCAUGUGGUGGACUAUUUAUUUAAACUCAGAUUGGAUGUUUUUGUCUCCUAGUGCUUGAUGUCCUCUGGGUUAGUACAUACGUCUUUGCUGUGGCGUAUGCUGCUGCUGAUGUUUCUCUCGAAACCUCUCCUGAGCUCGUUAUGGUAUUACUUCCGGUAUGUGUCAAGAUACUAAUGCCUUUACUUUAUUUUUUUUUUGGAAUUUUCAUCAAUCCAUGUACUGUAACCUGAAUGUGAUGUUGCAGUCUUGAGUUUUUCAAGAUAAAAAGGGAAAAUCUACUUUGACAUUACCUAACUGGAGCAAGAAAAUAAAAUUUAUUUAUUUCUUGUGUGUCAAUUUUAGCAAGAUUAUUGUGCUGCUGAGAAGUUAUUUUAGGCUUAACAUUUAAUAGUUAGGGAUGGAAGUUGUAUUUUAAGGUAAAGGUUGGGGACUAUGCCUUUAACCCCUUAAGGACCAAACUUCUGGAAUAAAAGGGAAUCAUGACAUGUCACACAUGUCAUGUGUCCUUAAGGGGUUAAAAUCUGGCCUUGGGUAUUGUUAGGAAUUUUAUAACAUAGGUAAAUGGUUUUGGGGCUAGAGGUUUUAUUUUGAAAGGGAUAUAUUAGGGUUUUAAAUCUGUAUCCUAGCAGUGUAAUUCAAAGUAUUAAAGGGACACUCCAGGCACCCAGACCACUUCUGUCCAUUGGAGUAGUCUGGGUGCCAACUCCCACUAACCUUAACUCUUCAAGUGUAAUUAUUGCAGUUUUCAUAAACUGCAUUAAUUACAUUGCAGGGUUAACUCCUCCUCUAGUGGCUGUCUACUAGACAGCCACUAGAGGGCACUUCCUGGUUUCUAGCUCAGGUUUUCUGUGCUAAAGCGUCGCUGGACGUCCUCACGCUGUGCGAGGACCUCCAGCAUCGCUCAAUUCCGCAGUGAAAGCAUUUUCAAUGCUUUCCUAUGGAGAGGUCUAAUGCGCACGCGGCAUUGCCGCGCAUGCGCGUUAGGUCUCCCCCGCCGGCGGCCGUGCAUGCGCGAUCAGUCUCCCCCGCCGGAUGAUGUCCGUGGGGGGACCCGAAACCACUGCCGAGGGACAUCAGCGGGGGUCUCAGGUAAGUCACUGAAGGGGUUUUUACCCCUUCAGCAACAUGGGAUGGGUGGUGGGAGGGAGAGGGUACUUGCAGUGCCAGGAGAAAGGUUUGUUUUCCUGGCACUGGAGUGUCCCUUUAAUCAGGCACUAGUAAUUACUGGUUUCAGUAAAGUGCAUUAAACACUUAAAACAAGCCUGCACAGCCUGCGUCCCCCAAGAUGUUUUGAACAAUAACGUCCAUGACUCUUUGACUGAAACCGAUGGCCAGGGAAUCAUGGCAGUUGUAGUUCAAAACAUCUGGGGGGCAGCAGGUUGUGCAGACGUGACUUAAAGGAACACUCCAAGUACCAUAACAACUUCAUCUAAAGCCCCGUGCGCACUCUUACCUCAAAGGGUUAAACCGCUCUCAAAUGGUUUGAUCCCAAAGUGUUCUAGAGCGCCUAUCUCAACAUACCCAGACGGCAUCUUGCUUCUGAAUUCUUAGUUUCAAGAAGUGCGGAGUGCCACUGGCAAGGGGUGCUGCAGAGUAGCUCUCAACCAAUCAGUGACUCCCCAUUCACAAAACUGGCUUUGAAAAAAACACACACUUUUCCUUUAAGGUAAGAGUGCAUCCGGGGGCCUCCUGGCACCCUAACAACUUAAUUUAGAUUAAGUUGUUAUGGUGCCUAAACUAUCCCUUUUAAUUGCCAAGAAUUGAAAAAACUUAUUUAAAAUAUAUAUACUAUAUUUAUAUACUAUAUAUAUAUAUAUAUAUAUAUAUAUAUAUAUAUAUAUAUAUAUAUAUAUAUAUACUAAAAAAAACAAAACUCCAACUAUUGCCUGACUAUUGCAGCUUCUUUUUCAGUUUAUUACAGUUCAAGGUUUUGUAAAUAAUUUAUAGUUACAUGAAUACUGGCUGAUGUAUGUUUUAUGUUGUGCAGAAAAAGGAAGACAAAAAGGGUGAGCGAUUUCUGAAUUUCAGGGAGAUCUGCUAUGGCAGCCCUACUGAGAGACAUCACCAUUUCUUCUUGAAUUAUAUUGAUAAUUGGUGAGUAACGUAGCAUUAAAAUAUAGCUAGUUGCUCCAUUAAUCCAUUCACUACCAAUGGAUUUGGAUGGAAACAAGUGUGGGUUCUUAGGUGGAAAACCUAUGGGGAAAAAAGUAUAUGUGUGUGUGUAUGUAUGUAUGUGUGUGUGUAUGUGUGUGUGUGUGUAUAUAUAUAUAUAUAUAUAUAUAUAUAUAUAUAUAUAUAUAUAUAUAUAUAUAUAUAUAUAUAUAUAUAUAUAUAUAUAUAUAUAUAUAUAUAUAUAUAUAAAAUUUAAGAACAGGAAAAUAGGUUACAGAAUAAUGAAGAUAGAAAAUCAAAUGUGCUUUUAAUGCAUGCUACAGUCAGUUCAGUGUGACACAAUCCUCAUACUAUAAUUCCUACACUAUAUUUCCCCCAAAGCAAAUAUCCAGUGUUUAAUUGUCCCUUGCGGAAAGAUUCCUCAUACCAUUAUAUAUUUACCCAUACUCAUUUUUUUUUUGCGUAAUUUUCCUGCAUGAUGGUCAGCUGGUGAACGGUUUCAAGGCUGGCGUCCUCAAACCUCUCUCAUUUAGUAUACAGAAUGAGAGCAGACAGUAUGCUAUUGGACCUUUUUGUCCCCCUCCUCCCCUCCACAUGUACUUUGUGCUCUCAAUGCCCGGUCUCUUCAGUGAGCCUUACCAGGGAGUUGAAGCUGCCAGUGACAUAGAUACACGGGGAAUAUGUCACUUCCACUCCCAGCUGACUUCUAGACUCGCUAAAAAGAUUAGACAAAGAGAGCACGGAGCAGGCAAAAAUAAUUUUAUAUAAAGGCCCCACAUUCAUGGUUAAAGCCUCUCACGCCACACCUGCUCCAUAUAUGUUGAUCUAUAUACAUUGCCCAACAUAUUUCCGCUUAUAUGUUUCCUCCUUAUGUUCUAUUGAUCCCACUUUUUGUUACGUUACAUGUGUUGUGAAACACACACAAAGCUGCAAAGCCACAUUCAGGAUAUCCAAGAGCUGCUUGACUGCUACACAUAUAGAGAUACAUUUACUUACAAACUCUCUUUCUGUUGUGUGAGAGCAGCAGCUAGAAAUCCCACAAUGAAUUAUUGCUCGGAACUCUGCUCCCGAUCCUGUAUACAUGAUGGUGGCAUUAGAAGACAUAUCCCAAACGUGUAUUCACUUUAUGGGCAGUAGAGGGGUUAAGAUGCAAUUCUCCGCUAACAAUCUCUUUAUGUUUCUAACUUUGCUCCAUUAAUAGAAAAAUGUGUUAGUGGCAUGUGCUUAUGUUGUGUUAUAAUAAUGUCCUUAAUCCAAGUAUAUUGGAUUAAGAACUGAAGUCUGCUUUGGAUAUAGACCCCCUGAGCAUGACAGGAUCUCUAAGUAAUCAUAUUUUUUUUUUUUUUAAGGGAGGUUCUUCUGGGGGCUUCUGCUGUCUCCAUUGAAGUCUCUGUGAUUUCCCGGCCACCAGAUCAGGUAACCUUCCUUUUGUUUUGUUUUUUAAUUGAGGAUAAAACUAUUCCUACUUGAAGCAAUAGUAUAGUUUUUACCUAAAAUGAAACCUUAACUAAGAGCUGUUUCUUCUUGGUAAGUCUGUGAUAUUGGACUUUUCCCUGUAGAAAAGUUUUUAUCUGUUAAAACAGCAUUGUCACUUUUAAGGUUUCCAUAAAUAUUGAAUCUGUAUGAGAAACUCAUAAAGAAUGCAUUGGUAUUUGAAUAUAUGAGACAAAGCUAAAACUACUCUUUCUUGUAAUCAAAGUAAGUUUGGCUAAAGGGAGAGCUUCUGCAACCAUUUCUUCCCAUGAGCCGUUGUUUGAGGGCAAUGGGAACUGGCACCUUUAUGGGCAGUAGAUAACUAUGGCAUCUCUCUGCACAAGCUAUCUAUAAGUCUUUAAGACCCCCUACCUAUUUCAUAUUCUUGCCUAUGUGUGAUAGUAUACCAGUGAUGGGACGCUUGCUAGAUGGCUGUUCCACUCUAUCCCAGGACACAACCACUUAAAGGGUAACUGUACUCAUUUUUCUUAUUAUUGAAAAUAGAUGAUUUCAAUUAAUAUGGCCUUACUAUGCAUUAUUUUGUAAUAAAAAUACAUAUUACUAUUUUAUUGCAUCUCCUUGCAUACUUAUGCUCUAUGAUGACAGCCAUCUUUAGAACUCUUUGGUCCGGAGCACCACUUGUCCGCUAAGAUGAUGCGUGCAAUUUAAAGGUCUAAAACCAUUCCAGAGUUAAUCUAGGAGUUCCAUUCUCUUCUAUAUGAUGUCGGGAUUCGUUAACACACGUUAGCUCUUCACUGCAUGCGCAUUUCCUUUUGGUCAAUUAAGGAAUUCUACAGUCUUUUAUUUUAAAUGCUAAUUAUAUUUUCCCUUCACAUACACAUAUCAAUUGGGGCGGAAAUAGACUCUUUAUACUUGGCUACCUUGUUACUUCUGGGUUGUUUAACUGAUUAAUGUGUCGGGGUUCAAUUCCAUGAUUUUUUUGAACUCAUCCAGUCCCUUAACAUUCAAUGGCUGAACCUUGAGCAGUGUGGAAUAUCCGCAUAGGUACCCUCUUCUUACUGACCAGUGUCACUGUGGUUUCUAUGCUUACAUCUAGUGAUAUCGUAUGUGUGCAUUUUGUCAGCAAAAUGACACUUUUUUUUGUGUGUGUGAAAAUUCAUUUAUUUUAGAAAUGUACUCUAAAAGAUACUAUAUUGUCUCUUUCACAGGUCGGUUAUGAAUUGUGGCUUCUGGAAGACACAAGUCGGGCUGAUCUCCCCGUGAAUGACAACAGUGAUGAUACACUUCCCAUGGGAGUAGUUGUGGAUUACACAAAUCAGCAACAGAUUGUUAUCAGUACGUCGUCUUAUUAAAUGUAGUACUGAAAUGUUUCUUUUGCCAUGGGUUCCACACCUCUGACUUAAAGGCAGUGUGGACCUGUCAUAUACCCAUUUCUUCUAUUAUGUGUUCAUACUUUUUAGUACUAAACACAUAAUAGGCUUGUAUUGCUGCAAAUCAAUUUGCAUAAACUAACACUGAACUCUGAUAUUUCCUGUUUACAAGAUUAUCCACUUUUUGUAAAAACAGAAAAACUGUCUGAGGGGAAGAACCAAGAUUUUUGUGUUAUCUGUAUUAUGACUGAGUUUCAGGUCAAGGAACCCGUCAGAAACCUGUAAUUGAGAAAAGAUCCUUAGUCAUCGUCUUGUCCGCCUGCCCCCAUCAUAAAUAUAUGUUGUACUUCUUUGUUAUAAGUGUUGUAGCAUGACUUCUGUAGCAAAAAAAAAAAAGUUGCAUCAAGUGACAGAACUGACACAUGCAGGAUUAUUCAACAAAGUUAAUUUCAAAUUUAAGGCCAAUGAAGUCAAACUGGAAGCAAAUCAGUUUUUUCCAGUUUGGCUAUUUUGGCCUUAAAUUCGAAAUUCACUUUGCAUUCUCACGUUACUGUGUAUGGUGGCGAUUACCCACAUUAUAUAAUAUUGUAAAGCGCUGCGGAAUUAGUUGGCGUUAUAAUAAUAAUUUGCAGUGUGAUCACUAUAACGAGAAAUCAUUUGAGAAAAAACACUCUGGUGGUAUCACCAUUGUAAGUACACACUGACAUCUGUCCUGCAUUUGUGUCUAUCCUCAUAGUCCUCAUGCCAGAGACUUCUACCCUGACAGUCUUUCCUUUUCUGGAAUGCCCCAUUCAUUUCUGUUGACGUGAUCUCCCAUUAUUUGCAAGAUAGUGCCAUUUGUUGUCUCCCCAUGCCUUGAUUUUACCCUAUGUGGGUGCAAUACUGAACCCAGUUGUCAUAGCUAAAUUUGUAGUGUUUUUAUUUAUGCUCUCAAUAGUCCUGCGCAUGAGUGCCCUGGCUUAAAACCCCACUGUAAUUUGCUACAGAAAAUCUAAUUUCUUUUUUGUAGGUGAAGAGAAAGUUCUUCCACCAACGCCUGUUCUCCUGGUUUUGUCCUCUGAUGGAGUCCUGUGUCCUUUCCACAUGAUAAAUUCCAAUCCAGACAUGAAGUCCCUAAUGGUGCCUCUUGAACGUUUACCAUUGGAAGGAGAGAGACAGAUGAAGACUAUCGGUAUGUUGCAAUUUUUUAACUUUAAUAUAUAAAACAUUAACAUAUUCUGCAGUGCUGUACAUUGAGGAAACUAAAUGUACCCGUGACUGUGAGUAUAGAAGUUUGGCAGAUGGAAGGUUGAAAGCACUAUAAAGGGAAAACAUGAGAUGAGUAAAUCUCCUCCUUACCUACCCCUUCUAAGAGCCACCGCUAGUUGACAUGCCGCCUAUAACACAGAUUUGUUAACUGUCUCAAGGGGUUUCCUGGCAGCGUUUAAACUAAAAAGUGAGUCUUUGUUAAUACUCACAUGAAAGACUUAACAUAGUCUCUUUUUGGAUGAAACAUUGACAGGUCACUUCUUAUUGGCUGUAAUAAAAGCGCAUUUGUACCUUUGAGAAGACUUCAGUAUUUAUUUCACAGAUGUUUGAGGGUGAUUUGGCUGGUGAUCAUUUGAAAUCAUCCAGUUGUUUCUUCUCUGCAUGUUUUUUGGAUAUGUUUGUGACCGUGGCUGUGUAUUUGGCUUAAAUGGUGUGUCUGGGUGCGAAUAGCUAGUUGUCUUUGUAUAUCUGUAUGUGUCAAUAAUCUAUAUAGGGGUUACAUUGACUUCACUUAGUCAAUGUAACCCCUAUAUUCACUGUGUAUACUGUUCAGUUCUGGUCCUUUGGUUGUCUGAGUUAUUCUUUUCAUGUUCGUUUACCAAGUUAUUUUUAUCUCUUCUCAGGAACAGGCCUUACUUCUCCAGCUCCUGCUGCCCCUCAAACUACAAUUUCACAGCCGGCCACUUUCAGUAUUGCUUCUAGCAAUCCAGCCACCAAUACUACACCUGGACAUACCAAUACUACAUUUGGAGCCACCAAUACUACACCUGGACACACCAAUACUACGUUUGGAGUCACCAAUACUACACCUGUACCUACACCUUGGGCUUUGCCCUUGUCAGUCGGAAGUACAGCAGCUUCCAAUAACUCUUCCAAGCAGGUUAAUCCACCUGUGUUCUCCUUCCAACCGAUGUCGGGCACAGGGGUUUUUGGAAUGGCCAGCUCAGGGACAGGUAGUUCAGCUCUUCCAGAGCAGACGCCCGUAACAACACCCGGCUUUCUUCCUGCUGCAUCAGUGAAAGUGAACCUGAAAGACAAGUAUGUAUUGAGACUGGCUCCAGAACCAGUAUCUGCUAUAAAAAUUGUCUAUUCAUCUCUUCAGCUCUAUAAAGAACCAUCUUUUUCUUACAUUGGCUAUUGUAAAACCUCUUACAGGGGGACACUUCCUAGUGAAAACUUUCAAUAACUGAUAUAUAUGUAUUUUUUUUUUUUUUUUUUUUUUAAACAUGACCAUUUCUGUUCAGCUAACCUGGAAUUCUUGUUGGCAUACUGAGGUUUCUGCUCCCUCACACCAGCGCUCAAAAUUUACACUAGCCAUGACAAAUAGAAAUUCGGCCCCAUUUAAGACCUGGCUUGUAGCAUAGGACUUCAAAUUUUAAGCCUAGCAAACACAGUGCAAUUAAGAAUUCCAUCUUCCCCAUAGAGUGAAAUACUAGGAAAUAAUCCAUGGAUACUAAAAUUUCAGAUUGUUUUUGUUUUAUAAGCAACCAGAUUGUGAUGACGAAUUGAAUUUACAAUAGCUUGCUUAAGUUAAUAUAACUUAUGUUGUAAGUAGUAAAUUGGUCUACGUUUUGCUCCCAGUGAAUACACAUGAUACUUGUUUCCCAUUUUGUCUCACAAUAUAAAACACCACAUGUAAGAACGGAGUGCUACUGCACAAUAGUACUAUAUUUUUAUGACCGUAGAGUGCUUGAUUAUGUGGUUUAGUCACACAGCUGAUUAUACCCAAUAAAGUUUGCAUAUUUGUUCCAGAUUCAAUGCUGUUGGGGCACAGGCACCUGCUCCCAGUGCCAGUCUUGGUGCUCCAGCCUUUUCAUUCACUCCUCCAAGCAAGCCUCCAAGUUCAAGCGAUCCCCGUAGUGGCGCAGUAUCAUUUCAACCACAGGUCACCAAGACUCCGAGCAGGGCCACUGUUGGAGAUGGUAAAUAAGCAUUCAGCUUAUACAUUUUUUUUUUUAAAUUGUAUUAUAAUUUCUUUGUUCUCCAUGUCAAGCAUAUGUUGAUGCAAGUUCAUUUUGCUUAUAGUUGUCCCGGUGAUGCCAAGCACUCCCAUUGCAUCUACUCAGAAGACAGCCAAAAUUAACCCUCCAGCAGCAAAGCAAAUGCCUUCACAGGUAAGCCAGAGUUCUGUGGCACAUUCUCAACAUGUCCAGUUUGCAAUCCUCAAACAGGGGGUGAUGUGCUGCAAGUCACAAGAACAAUGUUGUAAUGAUAUGCAGGUAGGUACUUCACAGGAAAUAAAUGCAAAGCGAGAAAGCGUGGCUUGUCUCAUCACUGGGACUAAAUGCACUGCAACUAUGCGCAGCAAUCAAUAUGUGCGGUAAUUGUUUGUUUUGGGUUUGUUUGUUUUUUUCAGUCGCAGGCAAAUGUACCAAGAGAAAAUCCACACACUCAAACCAAGGAGUCUGACCCUUUUCUGAUUGCCAUAAAAGAGGAGGUAAGUACAUGUGAGGGAUAUAUUCCCUUUUAAAAUAAUCGUUCAUUCAUUAGACUCUCAUAUGUUUAUGAAAUGCACACAUUUGGGAUUAUGUAUAUCUAUAUAUGUAUAGCAAGUGUUGUGCUCUGAAAAGUGCAGAAAAGGGGUUGGGCCACCAGUACAAUAUUCCUGCUUGAUUCUAUGGUGACUGCCCUACAUUUAGUAAUUUCCUUAAGCCAAUCCUCCUGCCUCUCAAUUUUACGUUUUUAUUUUUGCGAAAAUUCCAUCUGCUUCUGUUUAAUAACUGUAGAAAUUCACAAUUAAUGUGCCUCUCCCCCAAUCCGGGCAGAUUGCUCAAUUCCAAAAGGAGAUGGAUGACCUGAAAGCUCGCACAGUAAAGGCAUGUUUCUCAGUAGGCAGUGAAGCUGAAAUACGUCAAUUAAGGACAGAGACAGAUGACCUUGAUGGCUUUCUCCUUGAGAUCAAAGAAACUACUGAGGUAAUAUGGGUGCUAAUGUCAAACAAACUAUAUUCGACUUUACAAAUUCUACGGUUUUCAGCAGCAUUUACUUGUUGGUAUUGCCUCUGUGGACUGUGUUGGAAGACCUUUUUUUAUUUUAUUUCUAUUUAUUUUUAAACAAAAAUGUACUCCCUCCAGAUCUCCCCCUUUAGGGAAUAUAGUGCCAUUACUCACCAACUGUCAUUAUAUCCCUUAAACUGGAAUUCUGGGGACAGAACAAAUUCUUCUAAAAAGGUUUUACAAGCUACACUCCAAUAUUGCACUUGGAAGAAAAACUUAAAAAAAAAAAGAUGAAAUCGUUUAAGGUUCCAUUUAUUUUUCUUUCUCCAGUUUACAGAGACUCGUAUAUUCUGGGUUAGAAAUCUGGACAAGAACACUUGCUCUUGUUUAGUGCUACGUGUUUGUCAGGAUAUCACUGGAUAUGGCUUGUUGUCUUUCUCUAUAUUGUUUUCUGCUAGUUAACUAUACUUUUAAAGUGCAUUUCUUUAAUAUUUUUAGAAUUAAAUAUUUGGUGUUAAAGGUGCGUGCCAGGCACCCACAAAUUGUAGGUGCAAUGUAUAAUUUAAGUUACAAUUGAUUAUGCUGGCACUACUAUUAAUCCCUAAGCUAAGUCGUUAUUCCUUAAUUUUUUCUCCAAUAAUACGGUGUUUGAUGCAAUUUAAAGAACUUGCAUAUACAAGAACUUUAAAUGAGAGUGCUGUUUUGGGUUUUUUUUUUGUAAUUCUUUUCUUUUCUCUUUUUUUUUUUAUUUUUUUUUUUACAUAUACUGUAUGAUGCAGUAUCUUUAUGUUUUUUUAAAAACAGUCAACUCCGACCUGAUUUUAAUGUUCUACAUUUCUUCAUCUUGUGUAUGAAAGUCUCUUAACAGCGACAUCCAUAAUCUAAAAAGGAAUCAUCUUGAGGCAUUUGCAAAAAUCGAAGAAGCUACGGAGCUGAAUGAGCGAAAGCAGGAUCCAAAGUACCGGCACCUGCUACUCAAGAGACCAUUAGAUCCCAAGAGUGAAGUUCAGGUUAAGGUAAUGUUAGCAAUGGGUUAAUCUGACAUGCAAACCAUGCCCCCCACUCCCUUCUCUGCUUUUGUGAUCCAGGAUCUUUUCAAUGCUCAGCCGUAGACCACAACAGCUGCAAUGGCAAACAUUGGCCAUCAGCAGUACAUUCGCUUCCUACUCACCUGCUCAAUAAGCAGGUGUAAUACAACAGACAAAUCAAUUAUGUUUUUACAGCUGAUAGCUGCACAGGGCUGCAUGACUUCUAUUUAGCAGUUUCCAGCAUAUUUUAAAAUUAUUUAUAUUUUGGCUUUAUUUUUGUUUAAUCAUGGCAUAGUGUAUUAUGCCAUGUAUUGUUGUUCAUCUGAGGUUGUAUGUACCUAAAUUUAAAGGAACAUUCUAUGGUCAGGAACCCAAACAUGUAUUCCUGACCCUAUAGUGUUAAUACCAAAAUUUAAGUGACUUACCUCCCCUUCCCCUUAGCCCCCUUUAAAGGUAAUAAUACUCACCUUAUUUCCAGCGCUCUCUGGCUGGCCGACGCUCGCCCCGAUCCCUAUCCGCCUCUCUGCUGACAUCAUCAGAAUGUAUGAUUUUUAGCCAAGCCAAUGCUUUCCCAUAGGCGGGAUGGGGGCGAGGCCAAACACCGGCUUGGCCAAUCAGCACCUCUGUGAGAAAAAUUCUGCGUCUCCAUUCUCUGAAAAGGCAGUGUUUGUAUGAAAAUGCCUGCAGGGAAUGAUUUUACUUACCAGAACAAAUGCAUUAAGCUGUAGUUGUUCUGGUGACCAUAGUGUCCCUUUAAGACUUGCUAAAGAGCAGAUUAUUGUUAUUAAUUCCUGAUAUGUAAAACCAUAGAAUUCUAAUUUAUUUUUCCCAUGACUUUAUGCUCGUAAUAUUACACCAAAGUUACAGAUGACCAGGUUUUUAGAAAGUACAUCUAAAUACCUUAUUUGGCUAUAGUAAAAAUGGAAAUGUGCCAUAUUCCUCUCUACCCUCCAAUAACAUGUGACUCCUGUGUCAUUUUCACGAAUAUCUAAAAGCCAAGUCAGCAUGUUUGCUGAUUUUUAAAAUGCUGCUCUGUUUCAUAGGAGAUCCGCACUCUGCACCAGUAUGUAAAGUCUGCAGUUCAAGAUGUCAGUGAUGUGUUGGAUAUACAGUGGGAAAAGUACCUGGAAAACAAGAGAAAUCAAAAGUAAGGGAUUUUUUUUAGAAUCAUAGUUUCUGAUUUAUUUGGGCAUUUCUUUAUAUUGGGUGUUAUGUACGAAAUUGUACAUGAAAGAAACCAGGGCAGUGGCUGAACUGGACUACUGGAAGCCAUUCUGCCUGAAAAUACAUCAAGAUAAUACGCAGGGCGACAUAUACACAGUACAGCUCUACAUAACUGUGUGUCUGGCCUCAUCCUUUCCGUAAGUGUAUUUACCCACUAGGACUGAAGUUUCAGUUCAUGUUUAGUGUAAAGAGUAUCAAUCUCAAAUCAAUAUUCAAUUCCCGGUACAAUGUUAAAUGUGCCACAAACCAAUAUAUUUUAUUCAUUGAUUAUGUUUAAUUUUACCUGAGGUUAAGGGCUGCUAUUUUUAAAGGUACAGUGGGAGCCCAACCGAGAUUUGUGUGUGCAUCUGGGCAGGGUUCUGAUAAGAGGUCUCAGGCAAGGGCCCUGCUGAUUGGCUUAGAGCAGUCACCUGAUGCUCUAGGCCAUUCAGUUGCUUCUGAUUCAUAAAACAAAGAUAUGGACAGUUUUUAUGAUUGAGGAUCUACUGAUUGGCUUACAGUAUCAGCUGAACGCUCUGAGGCAGUCAGCUCUGCCUCUGCCUGAGACUCCUGUUAUCUAUGAUUUCUUGACAGGGGACAGGGGCAGACCAGUCUGGUACUGGAGCACAGACUUCUAGGGUAAACCAGGGGGUGAAUAGUUUAACCUCCAAGGGUGAGUCAGCACCAGGGACUUCCUGGCACCAUAACAACUUCAUUUUAAUGAUGUUAUGGUCCUCAAUAUUAUCCUUUAAACUAUAGUGUUCUUUAACCCCUUAAGGACCAAACUUCUGGAAUAAAAGGGAAUCAUGAUGUCACACAUGUCAUGUGUCCUUAAGGGGUUAAAGUGUUGUUGGUUUUUUUUUUUUUUUAAGUAAGUGCCACUUAUCCAGGUGAAAACCCUGUGCAAUUGACUCAAAGCCUGUUUUUGAGAUGCCUGGUAUUUGCAAAUGAGCGCUAAUAUGGGCUUUGAUGGGAUAAGCAGUACUUGCACCUAAAGAGAACUUGAAGAUGGCUGCUGCCACCACAUAGCAAUGUUAACCCAGAAGAUGCACUGAAACGAGGCAUGUGUGUGUAUACACUCAUACAUACAUUAAACUAGUGCACACGGUAGAUAAAAGACAAAUCUCAUGAGAUUAACAGAAGCUUCGUUAAAUUUUACCUUGUGAGCCCCACCCCCCGGCUGUAAACAGAACAUCCAGCUAUUUAUUUAAGUUAUUUGCAUUGUAUUACUUAGAGUUUCCAAAAGUAAAAAUAGUAAGUGUAUGUCCAUACAUUUGGUGAUGGGCUGUGUUUUUUGUUUAUUUGUUUGUAUUCUGAUCUUCUCUACACUCACACCUACUACCAUGGCCCCCUUUUUAGAGGUCUAAUUGUCCCAGAGCGACAAUCACUAUUUCACACGCUGGUCAACAACCGGGAAAUUAUCAACCAUCAACAACGGCAACUAAAACAACUGGUGGACAAACUACAGCAGCUCCGAUUGUACAAGCAGCUGUCCCAGUGGAGCAUGCCAAGCGAAGACACGAGCAACAAAAGGUGAGAUUGAGACCUUCAUACUGCUAUUUCUAUUUAAAAGAUGGUAAACAUGGCUAAUUUAUUUUUCAGAUCCUUAGAUUUGAGGACAAAUUACUCAAUAUCCUAGUUUAUCACAUGGCAUUUCUGAGAGAGACCAUUUUGACAACUCCUUUUUUUUCAAUUGCCAUAUAUCAUUGGAGUCUGAUAGGUUUCCAUGAACAGACCCUCUGGGAUUAAGGGCUUGGUCCCAGUCAUCAUCAAGAAUACACUCUUAUGUGCUUGUGUUUUUUUUUUUCUCCUUUCUUACUGACCGCGUUUGUUCAGUAUGUACAUGGUUUCAGUAGGAAAGCUGGAUGUAAAUUCUGAAGUAUGUUGUAAAAAAAAAAAACUUAAAAAUAUUGGGCAAGGAAACAAAUAAUAGUCUGAACUACCAAUGCAAACAAAAUACUGAAUAACAUCACUCCAGUUAGAUGUACGAACAGAGUUGGAAGUAAUUUGAGUAAUUCUAUACAGCAGCUUUUUGUUUUUACACCCUGUGUCUACACCGAAGCUUGACUUUCCCCAUGCUCUUUCACUGGGACUCAAAUGUUUGAAAACGUGGUGCAUUAUAUUCAUCAGAAUGGGAAAGCAAGAAUUGGCUUAAAUCAUCAAUUUUGAUAAUGUCAACCUUUUUAAGGAGAGGAGGGGGGUGGAGGAGGAGGGGACAGGCCACCUAAAUGGUGUCUUUAACACUAUAAGGUCAGGAAUACAUGUAGUAUAAGCUGACUAAUGAUGCUGCUGAAGUUACACGUCUGGCAGCGAAGUGCUUAACUUUAUUAAAUUUACUUUCAAAGUGAAAUGCUUCACAUUCAGACUGCACGCACCAUGACCACUUCAACUCAGUGGUGUUUGGAGUAACUCCUUAAGAACCAUUGGUGUACCCGGAAUCAUGUAUAUUAUUCCUGUCAAGUAGAAAUCCAGUUUAAAUAGACCAUAACUCUUUAAAUAUAUAUAUAAUUAAAAUCUGAUUCAAGCAUACCUCUUUAUAAUUUUAUUUUGUUUCCUCUGCAGUUUUGAAAGCAAUAUUGAAAGCCUGCAAAAUACAUUGUCCAAGACGGCUAUAAAUAUGAAACCCAAACCAGCACCGCAAGUACCAUGUGAGUAGCAAACAUUAUUAGCAGUCUUUGUGUGGAAUUGUUUGUAAUCCUGAUUUCCAACAAAAUCACACUAGGCGUUCUCAUUUAUUUCAUACAUUUUCAUGUUGGAUCACAGUCAUAUUGCUGACAAAUAACACACCACUUGGAAGUGCACAAUUCAUUUUUUUCCCCACCAUCUCUUUUCUAUAGUAAUUACUCCCCUUUGUGAUCUUCUAUCAUGCCAUACCUGUCUUCUAUUUGACCUUUUUUUGUUUGUUAAAUACUGACUAUUUUUACUGUACAUAGUGUUCCUUGAAACAUAAAAAAAAUAUAAAUAUAUAUAUAUAUAUAUAAUUUAUAAUUUUUGGAUGCUUCCCUAAUCUCUUCUUUCUAUAUAAAGUAUUUAUCAGCUGGAUUUAGACCCUAAGUAAUGGAAUGCUGUACUAUUAACAGCCAAAUCAUAUCGUUUUGUGAUGAUCUCUUAUUUCGCUAUAUAUUUUUGUAGCCAAAGUGUCAAAGGUAAAGGUCAACCAACUGCGAAAUUUUCUUACCACGAGAACAGUACCUCGUAUCCGGUCUCUUGCGCCAGGUAUGUGUGAUUUAUUUAUUUACGGUAUUUAUUAUUAUUAUUAUUUUUAUUUAUUUUUUAUUACUACAUUUGGUGGUGACCUUUUUAGGGAACUGUCCUAAAUGAGUUCUUUGCUUUUAUGAUGCUUGAAAAUAUAGAUUACCGUAUAUACUCAAGUAUAAGCCGACCCGAAAAUAAGCCGAGGCCCCUAAUUUUACCACAAAAAAAUGGGAAAACUUAUUGACUCGAGUUUAAGCCUAGGGUGGGAAAUGCAGCAGCUACUGGUAAAUUUCUAAAUACAAUUAGAUGCCAAUAAAAUUACAUUAAUUUAAUAUUUAUUUACAGUGUGUGUAUAGAAUGAAUGCAGUGUGUGUGUGUGUAUAUAUAAUGAAUGCAGUGUGUGUUUGUGCAGUGUGUGUAAACUGGAUGAAGGGAGGGCAUUUUUAUUUAAAUUUUUUAAUUUUAAUAUAUUAUUUUAUUAUUUUAAUAUUAUAUUAUUUUAAUAUUAUUAUUAUUUUAAUAUUUGCAUUAUUUUUUUUAAAUGUUUUUUUUGUCCCCCUCCCUGCUUUUUCCCCCUCCCUGCUUUUUUAAAUAAUGCAAAUAUUAAAAUAAUAAUAAAAUAUUAUUAUUUUAAUAUUCUAUUAUUUUAAUAAUAUUAUUUUAUUAUUAUAUUAUUAUUUUAAUAUUUGCAUUUUUUUUUUGUCCCCCCUCACUGGCCAGGCAACAAGCAGGGAGGGGGGACAAAAAAACCAUUUAAAAAAAAUAAUGCAAAUAUUAAAAUAAUAAUAAUAUAAUAUUUUAAUAAUAUUAUUUUAUUAUUAUUAUUAAAAUAAAAUAUUAAAUCCCUGGUGGUCCAGUGGCAUUGGUUGUUCAGUGGGGGGCUGACAGUGAGCUCUUACUUACCUUCCGUCAGCUCCCUUCUCAUCCGUGCAGCUCCCUGCGGGUCUCGCGAGAUUUACACUGUAAGCAGAACGGAGCUGGCCGGGGAGCUGCACGGAGGAGAAGGGAGCUGCAGGAAGGCAAGUAAGAGCUCACUGUCAGCCCCCAACAGGACCGCCGGGCUUGUUAUGAGCCCAGCGGUCCUGGUCUGUAUUAUGGCAAUGUAAAUUGCCAUAAUACAGACUGACUCGAGUAUAAGCUGAGUUGGGGUUUUUCAGCACAAAAAAGUGCCGAAAAACUUGGCUUAUAUUAGAGUAUAUACGGUAUUUGGUAUUCCAGGAAUCUGCAGGAACAUUAGCCUUGUAAGUGGACAGAGUAAUUGGAAAGACGGUUGGCAAGAACUAUUGAGCACAGCUAAAUUAUACAUUCCCUACCUGCCCACAAGUAUAUCUGGUGCACUUUACCUUGUUUUGGUGUAAUCGUUGCAGGUACUUUAGUAGCCUGUCAUUCAGAAGACUAAACACAGAGGUUUUGUGAAUUAAUUCUAAAUACCAAAAUAGAGGUAAAAAUUCUCCAACUUGACUAUAGUCACAGCUUGGCUAUUUUUAUCAUCCGCUUUACCAUUUAGAAUUAAUUCGCAAAAAUGUGGUUAUAACUAAUGUUAUAUAAUUGUAUGUGCAAUACUUUAGUCUAGUGUCUUGUCUGUUUUGUGCAUUUAUUAAUUUAAUUUCAUCCUGUUUUAUAGCAAACCUCAACCGUUCGUCAUUCCUGGCCCCAAGCUUUUUCGAAAACCUUGAUGAUGUGAGCUCUACAUCUUCCCUGUCGGACACGGGAGAUAACGACGAGAGGGGGCUUCUUCCACAGGUGGUUGGGAGGCAUGAGACUCUGCCCCCAGAAGGGACACCUAUCAGAACUCCCCGACAUGCUGCUGUCGUCCGUACAACAUCAGUCCAGCCAGGCUUUGCUCCACCAAUCGCUCCAUUUGGAAAACAGUUUGGCCCAGGUCCUAUCACCAGUACACGUGAGAAUUUGUUUCCUUUUUUUGACUCCCUGAGUGCUAGUUAGGCUAUAUCAGUGGCAGUGAUUUUAGUUUCUAAAAGGAAACACUCUAAUUGUUAAUUCUCCAGUAUGAAGCUUAAAAAAAGUUAGUCUAAAAAAAAAAAAUACCCUUUAUAGUUAGUUGGUACAAAUAAUAGCUGUGUGGCAUGUGCUUGCCUUACUAGAUCUUGUAUGGUCAAGGAAAAGCAAAGCUCCACCUUUUGCCAUUGUAGGAGUGUUGCAAACCUCUGUGUCGAUGAUAUAUAAAAUAGACGUUUUGCCCCAUAACCUAUGAAAGGUGCAGAUGUGUUUUGCUACUUAGUUUCCCUUGUAAGCACAGUUUCAAAGUACGAGCAAUAUGCUAGUUAAAAAAAAAUGUUGUAAACCUAUUUGGCAUAAAAGUCCCGUUAAGUCCUAUCCUACCUUUUUAUACCAGGCUUCUGUAUUGUUGACAUUUGUUGUCCUUGGAACCCUAGCAAGAGUUCUAAUAAUUGUUGAUCUUUUUCUUUCUUUUUAGCGGCUGUUCCUGCUCAGUCCAUCAGAGUGAUCCCACAGGGAGCUGACAGCACUAUGCUGGCCACCAAAACUGUCAAACAUGGAGAUCCCAUGAUCAUCGCUCAACAAGCUGCGGCUGCAGCUGCCCUGAGGAGACAGCUGGACAACAAGGUGCCAGGUACUUCAGUUGCACUUUUUUUUUUUUUUAAUAUUACUUACUUUAAUAUUAUAAACAGCUUCCUGAUUAUCUCUUUGUUUUGUACGCAGCCACUUUGACAGAAUCCACCCUGCAGACAGUACCAAAAGUGGUAAACGUUAAAGAGCUGAAGGGUAAUGGUCCUGGUCCAACCAUUUCCACCACAUUAGGGUAAGGGUUUCAGAAUCUCCUGUAUUGCUGUGUGCCUACCAGUAGAUGGCAGUGAUAACCCUCUUUAAAAAAAAAAAAAAAAUCAGACCAGCUGAUUGCAUCAUGAAGUGUAUGUAGUGCACUAUAAGCAUACCAGCCGGCAUUAAACUAGUUAAUACUUUCCUAUGGCUAUCUAAUGUGAGAGCCGCCAAUCAACCAGACUGUCAGUCUGUGAGCAUUGAUGGCUCCAUGGCUUGAAUUUCUUCUUGGAUGAAGAGCGGACAGAAUAACAGUAGGUGGCUUGGGUAGAGAACAUAAUGUGAAUAUUAUGCCUCAUUUUCUUUUCCAAAAUAAGUGACGUAAGAAUUCUGUAUUUUUUGGGGUACAAAAAUAUUAAUAAAUGGAAUAAGUAAAAAAAAAAAAAAAAGUUAAGCUGGGGGCCGAGCCAAGCUUGAGCCUGAGCUCGGCACAAAACAAGAUUCCGGGCCCGGAAAUCACAGCCCGAAACCGGCACCAAACUGACCCACAGACUGCUGUCAACGACAUAGGCCGAAAAACCCAGAAGCCCUAGCCCGAAAAACUGCAGCAAAGCCUGAAUAUCGGAGACCUCUGGAGACAAGUGCCCAGGGCCCAAACAUGGCCGCCUACAAUGACGAAUGCUCUGAUGUCUCAGACGACUUUACAACAGGGGUGGAAGCGGAGCACUCGCCUGCCGUAUUGACACCUCUCCAGACUACCCCACGGCCAGACUCCUCUCCGGUGACCACUGCUGUCAUGAAGGAACUACUGGCAGGGCUCCAGCUCACUAUACAGGCUGACAUGGCCCGACUUCGUAAGGACCUUCAAGGUCUGACAGGCUGUCUGGGCACUCUGGAGGCUCACUCCUGCCAUAACACACCACCUGCAGCAAGCAGUGCAAGAUCUGAAGCAGCAGCACCUUAUUUAUGAUCAACGCUUUGCAGCACUGGAGGAUCAGAGACGUAGCCUGAACAUCAAGAUCCGAGGUAUCGGAGAAGAGAUACCGGAGGCAGAGAUACCACACGUCAUACGGUGACUCCUGCAGGCCCUCUUGCCUCCCAAGCAAGCUGCCAUGGACGGGAUGUUUCAGUUACCGAGAGCAGUCAAGGCCCCCAACAUUGGCACAGAGAGAUUUCCUGGUAAGCUUUCAAAACCACAGGGACAAAGCAGCAGUGAUACAAGCCACACGAAACCACUCCCCCUACCCAUUUGAGAACAUGCAGACCUGUCGGGGUCCACACCAGCAUGGCGAUGCUCACUCCAGCCCUUCACAACUCUCCUAUACCAGCACAACGUCAAAUACAUCUGGAGAGGGUCUCAAACACUGCUGGUCCACCAUGGGGACUUUGCCUCCAUUAUAUGGGACAUGCACGGGGUCAAAAGAACUGCUGCCUACCUUGGGUCUCCAAGUGGACUCAAUGCCCCUAGCGGAGAUAAGUACCACACCGGCACAAUCCUGCACCUGGGACCGCGCAAAAGUGCUCCCGUUCGUCGCCAGUCGGGCUGAAACAGUGGCUUAUGCAGCGGGCCACUACCUGAUGCAGCCACAAGUGCCAACCUGCUUCCAGACCUCCGAUUCUAAGCAGAACCAGCCAUUUCACUGUUAAAAUUUGAAUGCAUGUAAAGAUGUUUUGAUGCUUUAAUGUUUCUUUUCUUACGGCAACCCUCACAACUGCUAGCCAUCCAAUGCACCACCACACAUCACGUUUUAUAGCUCACUCAAAUUCCCUCGCAAAAUGAUUAGCCCUCUUCCCUUCCCCACACAGGGUAACAGGGUAAACUCAAGCAGCGCUAGAUCACGGUAUUCAGGGACAAAAGCUCUGUCUAAUGUGUGCAAAUUACUUUUCAUAUUCUCUUGCACUUAUGCACGAUAUGCACUGCGUUAACUGUGGCUAUGACCUGAGGCAAAAAUAAAGAAUAUAAAAAAAAAAAAAAGGUUAAGCAAAAGAAAUAAUAAUCUAAAAUUUGCCAAAGUAAUACAUUGUAGAAAAGUGAUUAAAUGCCGCUACCCAGCAGAACAGAAACGAAAAUAAAAUUUCAAAAUACAGAGCAUCGCAUGAAAAAGUUAACACAAGUUAUUUUUAUUUUCCAUGAUAUAGAAUGGUGUAAUUUCUAGAAAAGUGACAGUUCUCCUUUUAAAUCCAGAAGGUUUUCCUGGGGUGUGACUUGUCAUAUCGGUACCAGAGUUAGACAAAUCCCUUGCUACUAUGAGUGUCCUGGCAGAUUGUCCAUCAUACAUGAUGUCUGGCCCUUGGUGUCUGCGGUGGGUUUUGUGUAACUCUGUACACUUCUGGAAUACCAAUACCAUAUUCUGUGCCUAGAGGAAUGCUGCAGCUGCAUUAGGACUGAGCAUUAAUGCUUACAACGUGCAGUUCAUAUCUCUGUGAUUGCAGUAUUAAAAUGUAAGCUGACUUCUUAAAGUAGAAAAAUAUGUUUUCUGUUCAUUUGUAAAUUAUCUAUCAAUAGUAACAAACAAAUAGCAGUUAUUGUUUUUAAUAUUUUCCCUCCCCUGUGUACACUUUAACCUGCUUUGUGGCUUAUUUGCACUGCAGUCACGUACAUGAUUCCAAGCAAGGGCCCAUGCCUGACUGAGCCUGGACUAGUCCUGAUGUGAUAUUGAUCUCUUGUUAAAACAAGCUGAGUAUAUUCAGCCGACAGUGGAUACUGCUGCUGUAUUUUGAAAAAGGAUUUCAGUAGUGGAGCACAUUUACAUAGUAAGACCAAAUUCACAUUGCUUCUUUGUAUUUCUUCCUACCUUAGGCCAUCGGUACCCCAUUCUGCUGCUCAAGUUAUCCAGCAAGUAUUAGUCUCAGUGGGGUCGGCACCAGCUAAGCAGGUAAUGCAUUAUUUUCUUCAUUAACGGUCACAUUUUGUUAAUUUUUCUUGAAGCCAUCAAAUUCUUCACAUAUACAUAUUGUACGGAAGCCGUGAUAGGCCAAAGUAUUGUUGCAUGUGUGUAUAUUUUUUUUUAAUGUUAUUGUUGAAUCAUACUCCUAUUACACUGUAUUUAAAAAGGUCAGCCUUUAAACAUUUCAAUAUUCUUCUACGUGCUUCUGAUAUCUAAGCACAGGUGGCUUAAAUAGUAAAAAGUAAACACACAGUUGUUGAACUACAACUCCUUAAACCAAAAUGCAGAUCUCCAGUAGUCGUAGAGCGGAAUCUUCCUUGAUGCAGUGGGGAUUGCUAAGAUAUUGUCAGUCUGUUAAAAUGGGUUUAGAUGCAUGUUCCUAGUUUCCAUCACAUUUGUCGAUAAUUUGAAGGAAAACAAAAUUCAGUCACCUGAAUCGAUAUAUGUUGAUAGUCUGAUAAACAUUCAUUAUCUGUGUGACCUUUACUGCAAAACUCCCCCAGAUGAGUUAAAGUUGAAGCUUAGAAAGGUCACCUUCAGUGGAGCAGACGUUUAGAAUAAUGAGAAAGUGUUGUAAUCUUUCCUGAACCUAGAGAUCUCACAGACUUGCUGCAAUCCUUCAGCUCAUCCCUGGGAUAAGUGUUGAUCAAUCAUACUUCAUGACUAACAAUAAUUCUUCCUUCUUUCUAAGGCGCCACCUGCUGGUGCUAUAAAGAUGCAAUCUGCUCCUGUGUUACCUGGCAGCAUCGCUCUACCAGGACAGGGUUCUGCACCCAGCAAACCUCCAGGUGAGUUUGGUUUGUAUCUCUGUAGCAGAUUAGCAACAUAGGCCUUUAUGUCCAUUCACUGGUUCCUUUUAGACCACAGGACACCUUACUUUAACACCUAUAGUGCUAGAGUGGGUGAGACAAGGAAACCCACAAUUUAGCAGUUUUUCUGUUAGAGCGGUUAAACCUGUGUUAGAGACCAGCAAUGUGCAACACUUCCAAGCAUUUAACAAACCCGUGUAAUAUUUAGAGUAGAGACCGAGAGCCUGUUAGUGACAAGUAAGACCAGGAGAAGUCUCUGAGUCCACAGAAUAGAUGUAUAUGCUGCCGCUAUUCAGAUCUAUGCCGAUAUUUAGUUGAAGGGGGAUAAGCAGGAGGAAAUAUGUAAAUAGAUUUUUAGGGCAAUAUACAUUUGGUAGCAAACUAGCACAAUAUAUAGAUUGUCUGUCUACUAGCAUUUUUUGGCUUUGUGUACCUUGAUAAAACACCUAACAAUGAACUGUAUUGUUUUUAAAGGAACACUCUUAACAUUAGAAGUAAGUCUACUUAUUUUUGAAUGUUGCUUUUUUUUUGGUGCUGAUUUUUUUUAAUUUAUAAUGAAGGUCCCCUCUCCCCUGGUAUAAAAAAUAUAUACACCAGUAGAGAAGAUGACCAGCACUCAAGGAUUCCAAUAAGUAGUUAAAAGUUAUAAAUUUAUUAAUCCAUCAUUAAAAAGCUGCUCCACGUUUGGGACUUUCAUCAGGAACAAUGUCCCAAACGUGGACUGAAAUGUUGAGCAGCUUUUUAAAGAUGGAUUAAUAAAUUUAUAACUUUUAACUACUUAUUGGAAUCCGUGAGUGCUGGUCAUCUUCUCUACUGGUAUGUGCAAUCUCCCCCAGACUUCAAGCACCCGGUUUAAUUAUUUUGAAGCCAGAGUGCAAGGACAUUGUGGAUUACAAGAAAGUUUUAUGGUGAUAAAUAUAAAUAUUUAUAUUUAUCACCAUAAAACUUUCUUGUAAUCCACAAUGUCCUUGCACUCUGGCUUCAAAAUAAUUAAACCGGGUGUUUGAAAUCUGGGGGAGAUAGCACAUACCAAUAGAGUUUAUUUAUUUAAUUUAUAUUUAUAUUUAUCACCAUAAAACUUUCUUGUAAUCCACAAUGUCCUUGCACUCUGGCUUCAAAAUAAUUAAACCGGGUGCUUGAAAUCUGGGGGAGAUAGCACAUACCAAUAGAGGAGAUGACCAGCACUCACGGAUUUCCAAGCAGUGAUUAAAAAGCUAUACAUUUAUUAAUCCAUCUUUUAAAAAGCUGCUUCAACGUUUCAGUCCACGUCUGGGACUUUCAUUUUUUAUAUAUAUAUAUAUAUAUAUAUAUAUAUAUAUAUAUAUAUUCACCAUAAAACUUUCUUUUUUUCGAAUUUGAAUUUUAUUGACUUUUUCGAGUAUGCGAACUUGGGGGGGGGGUGGGAUACAGAAAGGAAAGGGGGGGGAGGGGGGGAGACAGGUUAUCAGCAUUCGUGUUUAAGCAGUUGUGCAGGUAGACAGUUAUACCAUUAUACCAAUAUACCAUUAUACAAUUAUACGUGGGCUCCCAGGUAUAUGUAUAUUUCCCCGCUAUUCGCCAUUCGCAUGUAAACGGUUGUACGGUUAUACAGUUAUACCCUUAUACCAUUAUAUCAUUAUACAAUUGUGCAUGGGCUCCUAGGUAUAUUGACAUUUCCCCGCUAUGCGGUUGACAAAGGUUUUCUCUGGCGUAUCUCCCACUACGUGUUGCCUUUUGUGGGCCCUGGUGGGUGGUUUGCUUUCUGCCCACUAGUGUGGCUAGAGCUUAUCUACAGCUUCCCGCUGUCGUGCUAGCCUUCCAAGUCUUGUGUGCCUCAAGUAUAUGAGUGCGUUUCCCAAAUUGUGCCGCUGUCAUGAGUUCGUACUCCCAGUUUUGUUCUACCUGUUUUAUCACAUCCUGGAUAGUGGGGGGUAUUGUUUUUUUCCACAACCGGGAUAUCGUCAGGUUUGCUGAUAUGAGUGUGUGAUAGAGAAUCGUCCUAAUGUGCUUCGGAAUGCCCUUGGGCAACAUAAACAAGAUGCAUGUUUGUGGGUUAUCUAACCUGGGUGUCGGAUGUAUUUUUUGUAAAAGUUGGAUCACCUCCUUCCAAAAUGGGCUAAGUGUGUCGCAGGACCACCAGAUAUGUAGCAUGGUCCCCACCUCUCUCCCACAUCUCCAGCAUUUGUUGGUGGUGUUUGGCCACAUCUUUUGGAGUUUGUCUGGUACUAAGUACCAGCGGUACAAUAGUUUGCGUUGUAGUUCUAGGUGUGUGUGGCAUGCUGUGAGUCCCUGGUGCGCCAGAUAUGCCCGGUCCCAUGUGUCUUCUGGAAACGUCUGUCCUAGCUCUUGGUGCCACGCCUGUUUGAUCUUAUCUAGUGUUUGUGUUCGUGUUGCUAUCAGCUCCUGGUAUCCCCAUGAUAGGGUUUUCCCCAGUGUCUUUUUGCCCACACAGUGUUUUUCAAGUCUCGUCAUAUUCAGUUCAUCGUCCCAUUUGUCUUCAGCGUCUAGUUUACUUGAGACGUAGGACUUUAGUUGCAUGUAAGAGAAUAUGACCUUAUUGGGCAGUGUGUAUUCCUCCUGGAUUGCCGGUAGUGAUUUCAGUCGCCCCCUGUCUAUCACCUGAUAUAUAUGGUGUAUCCCCCCUUUCACCCAUGUCUCCCACGGGAAAGUUGGGAUGUCCAGCCCUACUGUUUGGAUUGGUGUGGCCAUGGGAAGCUUUUGCUUUGCCACCAGUUUAUCUCUUAUUUUGUGCCAUAUUUGUAGAAGGGUCUGGGUGCUGGGCAAAAGUUUGUCCCGGGCGUGCCUAGGGCAGUUUCCUUGCCAUAUCAGUGAUCGUAGGUCCCGCCUGGGUGCCCAGUGCGCUUCUAUGGCUACCCAUUGUGGUGCCUUGGCGGGGAGGUUUAUUUGUGCAUAAAACUUUCUUAAUCCAGCGUCAGGACAGACUCCUCAGAGCUGCUGUGCUCAGCCUUCUGUGAAGUUAUCAGUUCUGAUGGCUUGUUCAAUUCAAUGCUUCUCAUACAGAAACAUUGGAGACAUAGAUCGCAUUACUUGUAGUCGCUUCUCUCUAUCCAAAUCUUCUCAGAGUGAGAAUCAUUUAAUAGAAUAUAAACUUUCAGCUUCCUUGUGCUGUGCCUGAUCCAAAAUGUCUAGACCUUUUAAAACGUCUAGAGAAGUUUCAGCUCCUCAUUCCUUUAUUCCAUUAAAUGUUAACGCAGUAUAGGUAAGUUUAAAAAAAAAAAAAAAUGUGGUUACCUUUGCCAGCCCAGGAUGCUUCUGCUUGCGCACUUUGGCGCCUAAUGUAGAAAUGCUGUACCCCUACAUGCCCCGUUGUCUCAAGCAGUCUUAAGUAUCAUAUUACAAAGCAUGGAAGUUAAAGUAAAUAAUUAACACAAUCAAUAGCUAAAUCUAGGUUAGCUAUUGUGUUGUGUUUAAAUUUAGGUGACACAGUUCCUCUCUUAGGAGAAAGUGCCUCUAGUGGCUGUCUGACCGGCACUAAAAGGCAUGUUAUUGGACAUAUGUAAACGUUGCUUUUUCUCAGGAAUGGCAAUGUUUUUGUUUGUCCGAGUAAACGAAGAGCAUUUUUUUUUUUACCAAAACCAGUACAUUAAGAUAUAGGGGUUUUGGUGAUUUGAGUGUUCCUUUAAGUGAGUCCAUAAGUAAUAUAUUCUGACUACUGAACAUAUGUCUCUAUGCAUCUGUAAGACAUUUCCUGUGACUUUGGGGUGUUACAUUUAAACUUUUCUUUCCAGGGCAACCUUUUCCAAAAUCUGAAACUCCACCUGUCCCUCCAGCUGUCAGUACCACGUCUGCCACAGCUUCACAGUCAAGCAAGCCAUUUUCGUUUGCAGGUCCAAGGUAAAAGCAUGACAGUAUAUCUAUUUUUAUUGUCAAUCUAUUAUGUUUGACUACUUUUGCCUUUAAUUUUAUUGAAGCUACAGUUUUGGUUUUCUGAUGAUGAUCAUUCGAUUUAACAGAUUAUUUUAUUGGACGUAUUCUAGCAAACAAUUGGAACUUUUGUUCCAUUCACGCUCCAUGUACCUGAUGCAAUUUUAAUUGACAUUUUUUUUUCUGAUCACUCCUUAUACACUCCUGCAUGACAUUAUCACUCUCUUGUGUUGAAAAAGCAUAUCAUUUAAAAGUAUUUUUUUGAAACGGUAACAUUUUACUAUCUGUCUAUUUAUAAUGCAUGUUCUAAAAAUCAACUGCAUCAAUGGCAACAAUAAUAAUACUGUGGCUCAAUCACUUUUCCUUAUUAUUAACCUGCCUAUAAAUCACUCCUUAUACACUCCUGCAUGACAUUAUCGCCCUCUUGUGUUGAAAAAGCAUAUAAUUUAAAAGUAUUUUUUUUUGAAACGGUAACAUUUUACUAUCUGUCUAUUUACAAUGCAUGCUCUAAAAAUCAACUGCAUCAAUGGCAACAAUAAUAAUACUGUGGCUCAAUCACUUUUCCUUAUUAUUAACCUGCCUUCCUGUUUUCUUGCUAUACAGUUCGGGAUUCAGUUUUGGUGGCGUCACCCCAGCAUCCUCUUCUUCAUCCAACUUGGGAGGCAGCACUGCAGGUAACUGAAAAAAUUAGGUAGGGCUGGAAUGGAAAAAAAAAAAAAAAACACAAGGGAAUUAUAUUCUGACUUUACAGAUUAUGUUGUUCUAACAAUUAUUACUCUAAUUCUGACAUAUUGCUGAUUGAAUGGACCACUUUAGGCACCCAAGCCACUUUAUCUAAAUGAAGUGGUCUGGGUGCAGUAAUUCUGUUCUUUUAGUCCUGCAAUGUAAAACAUUGCCAUAUUGUAGAUGUGUUAAUGUUUACAUUGCAGGGCUAAACACACCACAAUUCGCUGUCUUCCUGGCAGCCAUUAGAGGUGCUUCUGCUGUUAUAACAGUCAUAAAGUCCUCUAACGCUGAUCCUAUGGGCAGUAUGGGCAGUAUUUUGAUUGGGCCAUGUUUGUCGUCCCCAAUGCUUCUCUAUGAGGCAGAGCACGAGUGAAAAUAUGUGCUGGGGAAAAAAGGUAAAUUAAAAUCCUUUUUUCUUUUCUUACUGGUUUUAAGUUAGGGGGUCCUAAAUCUAAAUUGGUAGUAGAACACUAAAACUUUAGGAAUAUAGGUUUGUAGUAAAGGGAACACUCUCACUACAGCCUGAUGUACUGGUUAUAGAGCCAGGAGUGCCCUGGUGCCUCUCAUAGGGGAAGUAUUUUAAAUCUGUGAUUUACAACUUACCUGAGGAUUUGGUUAUAGGGUUUGGAGCAAACUCUAGUGGUUAUUCUGACUGGAGGGUUACUAGAUCUGUUAUUAGAGUCUAACUCUUGCAUCACUAUGAUGGAUAUAAAAUUCUUAACUGUUUUAUAAUAAGGAAAUGAUGCACAUCCAGUUGUUGAUAAACCACUUGUGUUUUUUUCUGUUACAGGUUCUUCAGAUCCAUCCCGGGAUCCUAACCAGUCCUCACCUUUUACAUUUGGAAGCAAGCCUGUUUUUGGUUCUGGAUCUCUUGGAUCAUUUUCCUUUUCAUCUGUUAAGUCUGCAACUCCGUCAACUAUUACAGAUACUGCUGCCAUACCACCCACUUUCCAACUUUCAGCACCUGCUGCUGCUGGUCUAGCUGCUUCUUCCACUACUGGGGAAAAGUCGGAAGCCACAGCAACCAAACAAGGGGAUGGUCUUUUUCAGACUUUUUCGGGUGGAGAGACACUGGGGAGCUUCUCAGGUUUAAGAGUAGGUCAAAUUGAAGAAAGCUCAAAGCCAGAUAAUUUAAAAGCAACAACCUCCACUCAGCCAGCUAAGUUGCCUAGUGCUACCCCUGUGUUUGGUACUGGGGGUGGACUUCAAAUUUCAAAGCCUGCCGAAGUAUCUUCCAGCACUAGUAGUGCCCCAGGCACUCUUUUUGGUAGCUUGCCAUUAGCAGGUGCUGGAUCUUCAGCCAGUUUAUUUAGUUCUGGUGCUAGUAAGCCAAACUUCUCUUUUCUUAGUCCAUCAAGCACAGUUGCUGCUGCAGAUUCUUCAUCUGGAACAACAGCUUCAGCAACUCUGUCAUUUCAGAGUCUCCUAGCACCUGCCACCUCAGCCCAGUCUUCUGCAGCUUCCAGCCCUGCAAACCAAACUGAAUCGUCUUCUACACCUGCAGCCUCUACAUUUGCAUUGUCCAGUCUUUUGGUCCCUUCUCCUGCAGAUGUCAGUUCCAGCACUCUGGAAGUAAAGCAACCUUUCAAAUCUGAUAAACUUGUCAGUGAACCUGCAGCUCCUCCUCCUCUUCAGCAGCAAAACCCAUCAUUUCCCACAAGUGAGGGAGAUAAAGAACAAACUCCAAAACAAAAUCUUGUAGCAGGAGCCAGUACAACCCCAUUUGCUCCUGUUGCUGCCUCUAUCAUUCCUACUGCUCAGUCAGCAGCUGUGACCAAGGAAGAUGCAGCUCCUAUCCCCUCUCUCCCUGCCACAGUGAGCUCUGGCCAAGUAUCAGCCAUCGCAUCUGAAGUACUCAGUCCUUCAGCACCUGUAAAUACAUUGUCUGCAGUACUCUCCACCCAAACACCAGCUCCCGUUACAUCUUCUCCUCCGGUUGCACCGAACAAUCCACCUACGGCACCUCCACCAGUAGGGUCCACGGCCUCAAGUUCUGCAUUUGGUCAACAAAGUGUUGCAUCGUCCACUCCAGCUGCACUACCAGCUUUUGGCCAAGCACCUGCAUCUAGUUUGGCACCCACGCCCUUUGCACAACAAAGUGGAAAUACAACAAGCACCGCAGCAAAUACUACCACGGGUUUUGGAACAAAUGCUUUUGGACUAGCAGGUUCAACAGGAGCCGGCUUUGGACAGCCUUCCUUUGGCCAGGCACCAGCUUAUUGGAAAACACCAGCUUCCAACUCUGCUAGUAACUUCUCUUUUGCCCCAUCAAGUUUUGGCACACAGCCUGCUUUUGGCCAGCCUCCAACAUCUACUGUAGCUGCAUCGAGUACUGGUGCCCUUUUUGGAAGUUCCGUGAGCUCUAACAGCGCUACCACUUUUGGGCAGCAGUCAGCUAGUGCCAGUACUCCCACUGCUGGAGGAACGGGACUGUUUGGGCAGAGUACCACUCCUGCUUUUGGGCAGAGCUCUGGCUUUGGGCAGGCUGCGCCAGUGUUUGGUAAUGCAAGUUCCUCAACGACAACCACCUCAUUUGGUCAGUCAUCCGGUAAGGACCAUUUUAUUUCUCCUUUAGUUUCCCUCACUUGAACUCCCAUGCAGAAAAUGUAAAUUCAACUUUAAUCACACACAGGAGGCUCCUGCAAAAAGCCAUUCAAUGAGCAGGAGACAAAUUCUAAAUUAAACACACUGUGUUGUAAAGGAUGUUUAAAUAUUAGAUAUCUUUACAGGAUGUGUUUAGGAAGGCUGUGUGAAUCACAGGUAGGGAGGUGUGACUCGUACUGCAUAAACAUAGUGAUUUAACUCCUAAAUGGCAGUGAAUUGAGUGGUGAGGCUGCAGGGAAGUGAUCUAUAAACCAAAACGACUCCAUCAAGCUAAAAUUUGUUUUGUGCUUAUAGUAUUUCUUCACUAUAGGCACCCAGACCACUUUAGCUUAAUGAAGUGGUCUGGGUGCCAGGUCCAUCUAGGUUUAACCCUUUUUGCUGUAAACAUAGCAGUUUCAGUGAAACUGCUAUGUUUACCUAUGGGUUAAUCCAGCCUCUAGAGCCUCUCUCUGACAGCCGCUAGAGGCGCUUCUGUGAUUUUCACAGGGAGAAGACGCCCAUAGCAUUGAGAAUGCUUUCCUAUGAGACUGGCUGAAUGCGCGCUGCAUUUGCUGCGCAUGUGCAUUCAGCCGAUGACGGGAGGAGAGUCCCAGCGCCGAGGGAGCCCGUCGCUGGAAAAGAGGUAAGGGAUUGAUCCCACAGACUGCCGAGUAUUUUAAAGACUUUAUCCCACAGACUGCCGAGUAUUUUAUAGACUUUAUCCCACAGACUGCCGAGUAUUUUAUAGACUUUAUCCCACAGACUGCCGAGUAUUUUAUAGACUUUAUCCCACAGACUGCCGAGUAUUUUAUAGACUUUAUCCCACAGACUGCCGAGUAUUUUAUAGACUUUAUCCCACAGAUUGCCGAGUAUUUUAUAGACUUUAUCCCACAGACUGCCGAGUAUUUUAUAGACUUUAUCCCACAGAAUGCCGAGUAUUUUAUAGAUUUAAUCCCACAGACUGCCGAGUAUAUUAUAGAUUUUAUCCCACAGACUGCCGAGUAUUUUAUAGACUCCCGAGUAUUUUAUAGACUUUAUCCCACAGACUGCCGAGUAUUAUAUAUCCAUAAUUACUCCAUCUAAUAUUUGACGUUUCUUUUGUUUUGUUUUUAAUUAUAUUUAUUGUAUUUUGUAUUUUAUUGUUCUAUAUUUAUUUUGUUUGUAAUAUGUUUUUCCCACUUUCUCCACUCCUGGCAUUUUAAGGGUAUAUUACCCUUUUUUCAGAUGGUGCCUAUUCUGGUCAAACCUAUUUCACCAUUUAAUGUAUUUGUAGAUUAGGCCUUGGGAUCAUUUGUCUGUAUAUCUGCCAGUCACAGCCUGCGGUUUCUUUAGUUCAACUGAAUAGUUGCCAUAAUUUUACUUAACUAGUAGUUGUUAGAUAGUCACCUCAUGGUGCAAUCUCCAUUGUUGCCAAGGGAAAUUAUAUUUAUAUCAAGGUGAUACAGACAUUUUAUUCAAUUAUAAUAAAAAAAACACCGGACAGAUAAUACAUGUAGCUUUAAAACUGUUACUGCAAAUCAGGUUAAUGAUGAUCUUCUCUCUUCUUCAGGUUUCACCACAAACCCGGCCGGAUCAUUGUUUGGCCAGAAUCAAAAUCAAAGCACAAGUGUGUUUGGUCAGGUAUGGAAGUGCAUCAGAUUUCUGUACAAAGACCUAAAUAACUUGAACCAGGAAACUUAACAAGUAUAAUUAGAAGCAUGUUAGCUGCACACUAUCCCAAAUCCCUGUGCAUAUUUUAAUAACUGGAGGUUUAUAGUAUCACUCCAAUGGCCAUUAGGUGUAAGCCCACCUGCCACUUCAAGGCAAACCUUAUAGGGUUCACCUGGCUUGCUUCAGCUUCAGGCAAAGAAAUCUGAGACAGAAAGGGGUAUUUUUCUAAACCCCCUACUUACUUACUAGCCCUUAAUAGGGUACACAUACGGUGGGUAUCCAAAAGCAAAUGCAAAUAUACAAAGAUAAGUUCUGCCCUCCAACUCACUCUACUCCUGGACUUAUCCUUGGCUUCCACCUAAUGGCCAUUGGAGUGAUACUAACAACCUCCAGUUAUUUAUAUAUGCCCAGGGAUUUAGGAUAGUGCGCAGGUAACUCUCUUCCUCUUUUCUUUGUUUUUUAUUUUUUGUAUUGGGGCUGAUGUGUAUUAUGGACAUUGUGUAUACCAGCAUUUUCAAUAUAAAAAUCAACAAUUUAUUGGCAUUUUAUUGCACAAAAAUCCAUACUAAAAUAAUUCAAUAAAAGUAUGCAUAUAUAAAAACAAAAUACUAGCAGUAUAAUAUAGCAGGAUCCUGACAGAGAUCGGCUUUCUCCUCCGGCUAUUCGGAACAGCAGGGAAUCUCCGGCGUCUGUAGUGACGCAAGUUCGUAUACACAAUAUAGAUUAAGAAACAGUGCACUCCGCUUCCCUUUUGUUUUUACUAUUAUAAUACCAUCUGUUUGAUAGCAGUAAUAGAAAAUAUGAGAGCUAUGUAUGUAUAUUCUAGAAAUUACAUUUAUUCCUGAUAUUUCCUUCAAAGUGACCCCCUGACAUUUUUAUUGAGGACAAUGGUCAAGCCACAUAAAUAUCUUUUGUUCACCGUGGCAGAGAGUGAAUAUGUGAUGUCAGCCAUGUUUUUCGUCAUUUAACAUUCUGCCAUUUGUAUUCUCAGUCACCUUCCUCUAGUGGAGGUUUGUUUGGCGCCAGCACCGGCACUGGGAGUGGUGGCGGUUUCUUCAGUGGACUGGGAGGUAAACCAAGUCAGGAUGCCGCAAACAAGAACCCCUUUGGCUCAUCCACACCCACAUCCACAACCAGAUUCAGAUUCUCCAGCAGUCCUAGUGAGUUGUCUUUUUUUUUUUUUUUAUCCAUCUUCACAUAACACUAAAUCACCUAUUGCUUUAAAAUACAUCUUGGCUUAGAAAAUUUAAUUGUGUGAAUCAGUCAUAUGUGUGAUAUAAUGCAAUCAAAUCUGUGAGCAUUUUCUUUCACGACUUUAUAAAAAAUCCCAAAUCUCAUCUUUACACAAUAUACAGUGUGUGGAGCAAGUCUCUUACUAGUGUUUCUAUGACUGUCUCACUUUAGCCUAGUCUUUCUAUCACUUUAUAGAUGUUCAGUGUGGGCAAUCAAGUGAGAGAGAAAAGCUGUCUAGUGUUGGUUUAGUUUGAAUUAAGUGCUUCCUUGAACAUUUCAGUUUCAGGCACCAUGAAAGUCUGAAACAUCCUGGAUUUACAAAAAUGUGUUUAUAUAAUUCUUUCCUAGUGCUGUGGGCAUAUUUGCAGCAAUUCUUUACAUCUCAGUCUGGGAAUAUAGUCAGUCACGCACCUAAGACUUUUGUUUAGGUAUCAGCAUGUAUGAAACACUUACAAACCAACAUAUAAUUCCUAAAAUGUUUGUUACCUUUCUGUUUCCUUUCUAAGACAGUGAGUUUGCAGUGCUUUGUUUUGUACAAGAGCUUCCUUGCUAACUGCAGCAUAAUUCAGUAUCCCUCUCCAUAUAGUUAAUGGUAAGAGGUGCCCUGCAUUGUAGGUGUUUACAUGCGCUUGCAGAGAGGCUGAGGUUUUCAGAUCUGCAUGGUGCUCUCACCUUCCAUUUAUUUUGAAUAUAGCGUCUGUUUUAGAGCCCUAUUUCCAACAUGCCCUGCAUGGCAUAUUGUCACCAAUGAAAUAUUUAACACAACAUUUUAAAAAAAAUUGUAUUCAUCAGUAGAGCAUGAAAGACUAUUUUUCAUUCUGAAUAGUAUUUUGUUUUAUGUGUUAUGUAUUAUCAGUAUAUUUGACCUCCUUGUAAUAGGAUUGGAUAUUUAAUGCACCCACCAAGUCUUUCCUGAUUUCUAUGCCAACUGUAAGAUGAAAUCCAUACAUUUAAAUGAAAGCUAAUUAGCCACAGGAUCAAAAAUAACUCAAAUACAUUUUUGUUAGUAUUUGCAUUUGUAUAGCGGCAGCAUAUUCUGAAUCUCUUCACAAUUGUAGAAUGGGGAUGUUUGACAACAUGUUGACAUACAUAUAACAUACAGACUGUUAAGAGAUAAGAGGUGACGAAGGCCCUGCUAAAUGAGCUAACAAUCCAUGAGGAAUGGGUAAAGAAACACAAAAGGAGUAACGGCAUGUCAGAGUGUAGGAGAGACUGCCGAAUAAGAUGCCUGUGUCAAAAUACACUAUUAAAUGUAAAGGGUGGAAGGAGAGCGUGUGAACUGAGCUAUGGUGACAAGGUAACUGUGAAGAGCAAUUGUAAUGAGAGAAGUGUUACCCAGGAUGAUUGUAGGUUAUAGGUGUUUGACUGCGUGAAGGACGGGAAGUUAUGGGAGAGUCUGAUGACACUGGCUAAGGAAUUCAACAGGAAUGGGGCAUCCCAUGAACGUUCUUUGUGUGGGAGCAAGCAGAUGAGAGUAGAAGGUUGAAGAGAACAAGGAGGGGUAUAUUUGUUGAGUGAACAGGAAAUAUAGUGAGGGUGGAGUUAGUGAUGACUUUGUUGGAUAGUAUUCGCAGUUUAAUCGGAUCCGGAAGCAUACCUGAAGCCAAUGUCAUGAUUGGCAAAGGACUGAGGUGUGGGAGUAGUGGUCAGCCAGGAAGAUGAGCCUGGCAGCAGCAUUCAUUACAAGCCAAAAUGGGACAACGCAAGUAUUUGGAUGGCUGAUGAAUAGUGAGGUGACCCAUUGAAGUGCAUGGAGAUAGGUGGAAGUCAACUUUUGGAGGGGGGAAAAAGUAAGUUUAGUUUUAGAAAGUUUAAAAAAAACAAAACAGGGAGACAUCCAGUUAGAGAUUGAAGAGAGUGAGGCUGUUAUGUAUUCAAGAAGGGGAGGAGAGAGGUCAGGGAUGGUGAGGUACAUCUGAGUAGCAUAUAGAUGGUAUUGAAAUCCAAAAGAGUUAAUAAGGUUACAGGAGAGAUGCAGUGUAAAUAGAGAAUAAAAGAGGGCCAAGAACAGAGCCUUGGGAAAUCAACAAAUAACAUGCAAUUUUCAAAAUGACAGAAUACACAAUGAUUUAAUAAAGGGAUACUAUAGGUGUAACCGAUGCUGGUUCCCCUAUUUACCACUAUAACGUCAAAACCUCUUUACCUUAAUGAAGAAGUCUUUGUGUAGACCAUGCCUCUGCAGUCUCACUGCUCAAUUCUAUGCCAUUUAGGAGUUGUCACUUUUGUUUCUGUUUAUGCAGCCCUAGCCACACACCAGCUGUGACUGACACAGCCUGCAUGAAAACAAAAUGGUUUAAUUUUCAGUCAGAUGUUUUUUAUCUCCAGCUCUGUUUUUCUGAAAUUCUACAUUAAACAGACUGUGCAAUAAAGGAAGUAUAAACAUUAGCUCUCUCUUUACAGGAAGUGUUUAGGAAGGCAAUGCCAGUCACAUGCAGCGACUACGGCUGCAUGAACAAAGUGACGCCUAAAUGGCAGAGAAUUGAUCAGUGAGACUUCAGGGACAUGAUCUAUACACCAAACCUAAUUCAUUAAGCUAAAGUUGUUUGGUGCCUACAGUGUCCCUUUAAUUACUGCGCAACAUUCUUGUGGCUUUUUGUUUUUAUGUUUUUUUAACACUGUAGGAAAAGUUUUAUUUUAACUGGGCUCAAAGAUAGCCUACCAAAUACUGUGUUCUCCCGGCUUUCCAAAUCUGGGUUGACUGUCAAAUAUGUUUCCUCUCCUUUUUCCUGCAUGCUUCUAAUCAAUGGAGAAGAAAAUAUGUCAACAUCUUAGCUAUUUUGUGUUUAAUGUCUGACUUAUAAUAAAAAAAAAAAAAGUAACACAAACAUAACUUACUUGAUCCUGACUUCAUACAGAUGGUUACUCAGGUUACCUACUACUUUUGUAAGCCUUGCUUCUUCGAUAUGGGAACCCACAUUUACUGUCAAAUGGUUACAAAGGCACAAAAACAUGUUGGUUACCCCACUAAGUUAUCCCUCUUGACGGGCAUGCAGCCUGGCCAGGAAUUGGUGCCAGGGAAGGACUGGCUCACUGUGAAAUGUCUCCAUGGGCUGCCAUAUCCUAAGGCUGGCAGAUGUCACAGUAGGCGUCGGGUAUAGGGAGGUGCGAGUAGCAGCAUAGUCUCCUCGCUAUGCGCCGAGUUGAAGGUCGAUGAGAUACAACAUGAUGUCACAUCCUGGCGUCUAACAGUCAUGCAUGAAUGAAAGAAAAGUGAAGGGGGCAAGCUGCAGACCGAGUUAUGGACCAGGCAGGAUGCUGGUAAUAUGAAAUAUGCAAUGGGACAGCGCAGUAUGUUGGUCAAUAAUAUGUAGUUUGUGUAUAAAUGGUUCAGUGUGUCAGCGAAUGUCUGUCUGUGUGUGGAUCAGUAAUUAUGUGUUACAGUUUGUGUGCAUCAAAGAAAGUGUGUUUGGGUCAGUGAGAAAGCAAACUUUGAUUGAAAGCAAAUUUUACUUAAUAUAUGGGAUUUCUGAGAGAAUAAAUGCAUUUAUGUUAGUAUAUGCAUCCAAAACUCAUAUAUUGUAGAGAAUAAAAUCUGAAUCUUACUACUUUAAAAAAAAUAAAGCCAGCACUGACCAUACACACACACACACACACACUAACUACUUACAGCCAGCAUACAUCAAACACAUUACAUAUAGCCAACAAACACAUACAGACCCUUAUUACAUACAGUCAGCACACACAUUUCAUCCAGCCAGUACACACAUUAGAUGCACACACCACACAUACACAAUUACAUAUAGCCAACACACAUAUACCAAUUACAUACAGCCAGGACACCUCUCCCACACAUACUAUAUAGCCAGCACACACCACGUAUACACUACAUAAAACCAGCACACACCAUACACAUGUUACAUGCAGCCAAUACACAUCACACAUGUUACAUGCAGCCAGCACACAGACAACACACACACACACUAUAUACAACCAACAAACACACUCAUACCUAUUACGUACAUUCAGUACACACAAAUUACAUACAGCCAACACACACAUGCUACAUGCAGUCAGGACACACCACACACACAUAUUACAUACAGCCAGCACACCGCAUACGAACAUUACAUACAGCCAGCACACAUGACACAUGUAAUAUACAGCCAGCACACACCACAAACACACCCAUUGCAUAUAUAUAUUCAGCUCACACACACACGCAGUUGCAUACAUUCAGAUUUAUUUUGUGAAAAUUUGAAGUUUAUCACAUUAACCUGUCAAUGGCUCUCGGCAGGGGCUCCUAUCUUUGUAAUUGAAAUUAUUUUGUGUCAAGGACAAGUUGAAUAGUCAUGACAGACAAGUAGAUUGGGCUACCAAUUCAACACUCCUGGACUACUGACACUCUAAGGACUUGUUUGAAGCUGGGACCUUUGUCACAUUUUCAAUACUAACAGUUAAAAAAACCAAUUUGUUUAGUUAGCGACACUAGCUCACAGUGUGUUUCUUGUUAUUAAGUUACAGCUCUUGUUUCCUUGUUUCUCACUUUCCUUUUUUCUUUGUUACAGACGGCAACAGUCUGUUUGGGAACAGCGGGGCCAAGGCAUUUGGCUUUGGCAGUUCAGCUUUCGGGGAUCAAAAAUCCUCUGGGACAUUCAGUGCAGGCGGAAGCGUGGCAAGUCAGGGCUUUGGGUUCACAAGUCCCACCAAGACAGGUAUAGUAGCUCUGUGACAAAUUGACUGCCUUGAGGGCAGUAACCAUCUUACUGUCUCAUCGUAUGUUGGUCAGAUCAAACUUUCUCAGCUGAUCGUAGAGACCAGGUCACACUGCCUCACCAGAUCACGCAGGCCGCUGUUGCGCUGCCUUGCCUGAUGAUGCAGACUAGGGUGGAGCUGCCUGGCCAGGUGAUGAAGCCAGUGGUUAUGCUGCCUGGCCAGAUCAUACAGGCCAGGGUCACGCUACCUCACCAGAUAAUACAAGCCAGGAUCAGGCUGCUUCGCCAGGUGAUGCAUGCCAGGAUCGGGCUGCUUUGCCAGGUUAUGCAUGCCAGGAUCGGGCUGCUUUGCCAGGUUAUGCAUGCCAGGAUCGGGCUGCUUUGCCAGGUUAUGCAUGCCAGGAUCGGGCUGCUUUGCCAGGUUAUGCAUGCCAGGAUCGGGCUGCUUUGCCAGGUUAUGCAUGCCAGGAUCGGGCUGCUUUGCCAGGUUAUGCAUGCCAGGAUCGCGGGCUGCUUUGCCAGGUUAUGCAUGCCAGGAUCGCGGGCUGCUUUGCCAGGUUAUGCAUGCCAGGAUCGCGGGCUGCUUCGCCAGGUGAUGCAUGCCAGGGUUGGGCUGCUUCGCCAGAUGAUGCAUGUCAGUAUCGGGCUGCUUUGCCAUGUGAUGCAGGCUGGGUACGCACUGCCUCUCUAGAUGAUGCAAGUCGGGUUCGUGCUACCUCGCCAGAUGAUGCAGGACGGGUACGUGCUGCCUCGCUAGUUUAUUCAGGUCGGGUUCGCGCUGCCUCGCCAGAUGAUGCAGGUUGGGUUCGCGCUGCCUCGCCAGAUGAUGCAUGCCAGGGUUGGGCUGCUUCGCCAGAUGAUGCAUGUCAGUAUCGGGCUGCUUUGCCAUGUGAUGCAGGCUGGGUACGCACUGCCUCUCUAGAUGAUGCAAGUCGGGUUCGUGCUACCUCGCCAGAUGAUGCAGGACGGGUACGCGCUGCCUCGCCAGAAGAUGCAGGACGGGUACGCGCUGCCUCGCCAGAAGAUGCAGGACGGGUACGUGCUGCCUCGCUAGUUUAUUCAGGUCGGGUUCGCGCUGCCUCGCCAGAUGAUGCAGGUUGGGUUCGCGCUGCCUCGCCAGAUGAUGUAGGUCGGGUUUGCACUGCCUCGCCAGUUUAUGCAGGUCGGGUUUGCGCUGCCUCGCCAGUUUAUGCAGGUCAGAUUUGCGCUGCCUCGCCAGAUGAUGCAGGUCGGCUUUGCGCUGCCUCACCAGAUGGUGCAGGUCGGGUUUGCUACCUCGCCAGAUGGUGCAGGUCAGGUUUGCUGCCUCGCCAGAUGGUGCAGGUCGGGUUCGAGCUGCCUCGGUCACGCUGUCUCGCCAGAUGACACUGCAUGUUAUAUCCUUGUGUUAUUAACAUUUUAGUUUUAAAAGUUAUUAGUUUUAUUCAUGCAAUGCAAUUAAAACAGAACAGCAUAAAUUCUUAUUGUACAAAAUAAAUAAAUAACUUUGAUAGUUAUUCAUCUCCUGGCCUACAAAAGCUCCUGGUUUGGACAGAUGAGAGAAAUUCUUCAGGAAAGCACACAAUUGCUUUGUCCUUAUCUUUAAACUAACUAAACUAAAAAUCAUUAAAGUGAAACUUCAGAGGCAUAAACAAAAACAGCCUCAUUAAGCUAAAGUUAUUUUGGGGACUAUAAUGUCCCUUUAAGCACUGAGACUUGCACGGUCACCACAAUUGCUUCAUUAAGCUAAAAAGUUGUUUUAGUGACUAUAAUCACCUUUUAAAGCUGCUGCCACAUUUUCCAGACACAAAAUUCACUUUUUAAGUAUAAUUGGUGAGGUCGUUUAUAUGAUGGAAUUAGGUACCAGAGAGCAGAAGAAGAGCGGGUGAGCAAUUGUCAUAAAUAUAGACAAGGAAUUUACAUCUGUAAUCAUCCUCUUGAGUACAAAAUUGGCUGUUGUGAUUUUUUUUUGUGGGGGGGUGAGUAUUUAUUUUGAUGAUGUUUGUUUUGUGAUGAUGUCCUGAGACUAUCCGUAGUAAUGAUGUAGUAUGGCUUUAUUGGGCUCACGCUCAAACUUGUUAAUCAUUAAGAUACUACAAAUAAUGGAUCAUGGCUUCAAACCUUUGAUGGUCUCCUCUAUACUAUUGCAAUGGAGCGUUGUCUGCGUGCUCUGACAUCUCUGCUAUUGCCAGAUGGCUGCUGUAUACAUCCAAUAGAGUAAAGAAAUCCAGUUCAUUUAAUGCAUGGAUCAGCUUUAAGCGAACAUUCCAACUCUCAGGGAAAACUUGUGCUGUAUGAUAGAUACUUAUUAAACUGUUUUGUGCACUGGAUGUUGCGUGAUCAAUAUAUUUAAUAACACGGAUGAUAACGAUAAUCUUCCCUAUUUGUUUUUUCCCCCAAAUCAAAUAAUUAGAGAAGUUAUAGUUCUGCAAAAAUUUGAGGGGGGACGGAGCUUGACCACCAAGCAGAUUACACGCGUGCUACCAGAGCUUUUGCGUCUAGCACCUAUUUUUGCAGCAUAUUCCCAAUCCAAACAACUUUCUGACUGCAGUGGAGCAAUUCUCCUGCACCGGGGAUGACGGUGCAUCUGGGAAAACCUGUCACAAGUUUUCUAGGCACCAGAUUGCCUGACUCAAGGUCCUGCGGCCUACAGGUGAUAAAGCGGAGGAGAGAUGGCUGCUCUCCUAGUGCUUUUCCUGACUGUUUGGCGAUCAACACAAGUGCAACAGGCACUAGAUUUGAUCUUUGAGCGCUUCUGGGCACAACUAGAGUCUCGAAUUUUAGCAUCACCGUUGCACCAGGAAGGUGAAUGGAAAGAAGAGAAGAGAAGCAACGGCUGCAGAAGCCACAUCUGGCCGAUGCAUCAUCUAAGACACCUGUGCCUCUUACUAAAAGCCUACCUGGGCUGAAGGCAAUUUGGGACAUUACCCCAUUACAUCGGUCACCGCAACGAAGGACCCACCGCUGCACACAGCGGCAGACCACCAAGAGCCUCCAUACUCCCUUACCUAAGAAGGCCAUGGACUUUGUUCGCACUCAUGGCCGUGGCUUCAAGAUGCAGGUCUUCCCUCGUGUCUGGGGUUGUGGCGGAGCCCUGCCGCACUACGAGAUUAUUCUGCUUCACCAAACCAGGGCAUUGGCUGGAACUAACGCUACAAAGGGCACGAAGCCCUCUUUACUCAAGGGCUAAUACCACCUCUCUGCCCUUCUUAGACCGGGCCGCUGUCACCGUUGACCAUGUUACCUACGCUGCUGCUGAAUUUAUAAAAGAUAGUGAAAUGCAGUGCUAGGGAGCUAUGUUUUUGAGGUCUCUUCUAUUCGUGUACCGUUAUCUUGUUAAACAGCAUUUACUAUAUGUCCGAUACUAUAUGGCAGAUCAAGGGACACGGCCUAACCUAUUAAGUUUUUCUUGCAUAUGGUAGUAUAUUUUUCACACUGUCUAGCAUAUCUCUUCUGACAGAUUACCUUACCUUUUUUUUUUUUUUUUAAUUAGACCGAUUUGCCUAACAAGUUUCUUACUCUCCAAGUAUUCUAAAAUGUGCAGUCUCCUCAGAAAUGCUGACCAACUGUACUAUGUUGUUCCUUGUACUUGCAUGUGCUGUUGGGGUAUUGCAAGGUAAUUGAUGUUAUUUUCAUGCACAAGAAAAAAAAAAAAACAUGACCCAAAAACUUUGAGGAGGCACAAUAUGACACCCCUGUAGUGGGCAUUUUAAGCGGCACUGUCAUGCUGAACUUACCUUUCCCUAAUCUCUUACUCUUCUCUUCCUCUGUCAGGAUCUGUUCAUUUCUUCCUGUCUGCUCUAGUUUUCUUUCAAAUAUAAGACAAAGUAGGGACUAUUUUGUCUUAUGUAUAUUUUCUACACCUGACCAGCUAUGACCAGCGGAGGAGCAAAGUGUGCUCUAUUUCCUGUGGUCAGAGAAAGUUCCCCACAAUUUUCACCUUUAUUCCGUGAUCUUGCGAUGCCUCCUUUCACUAUUCCCGAGCGUCCUGUCGUUUAGACUGAACACCAGCGAAACUAACAAUUUUCGUCCUAACAGAAUGAGAACAGAUUGUUCAUUCAUGUUAGACGACAAUCGGUACUUUAAGGUCGGUUUGAAGUUUCGUUCUAAUGAAUGAAAUUCCGAUCCGUGCUGCAGCUGCAUCUUGCAGUCGCUUAGUAGAUAGCUCCCUAAUUCCCACGGUAUCAGGGAGCUAUCUACCAAAAGUCUGAAAGACCAUGAUUGACAUAGGCUAUUGAACUAAACGGAGGUCCCCCCCAUUGUCUUUUAGGGCUCCCACCCGCCGCUCAUGCGGGGUUGCUGGGGACUAUAGGUCUGUCCCAUCCUCCCCAUUUUCAUUUAGGGCCCCCACCUUCCGCCCAUGAGUAGUAGACAUCCCCCUACUCGCUGCAUAGCGAGUAGGGACAUAAGGGAGAUUUCAAUCUCCCUAAUGCUAAUAUGGGGGUCAUAUUGAGUGAGGGAGGACGUGGGGGGGUGGCUUAGGAAGUGGCGGGGUGCACAGCUCCCUGCCACUUCUAAUUUUACAUAUUAAAUGGAGGAAGCUGCGCAACGGUAGCUCCCUCCUUGCUAUAAACUGAAAUUUCUAUUCAUUCCUUUUGUCUUUCUGACAAAUUAAUGAAUAUACGAAAUUCACGUCCGUUCUUUGGACAAUAGCGAAUGCCCAAGUGUUUAACUGGGCGUGCAUGGGAAUUUCACAGCACUAUCUAGUGUGGGCAGGUGACAGGGAGCUGUAAUGUCAGGAAAACAACUUUGGGAAAAUUUUGGGAAGUGACUGUUCCACUUUUGUCUUGCAUCGAAGUUCUGUAUAUGUUUCCGUUAUUGCCAACUCUGUUUUUUGUGUGCCUAACAUAACAUUGAUAUAAUUGAAAUGUUUAAUGUUUUUUUUUUUUUUUUGUGAUAUAUUAUGUUGGAGAUAUUUUGAAAGUUAUGCAUAUAGCUUAAAAACAUACAUUUAUAGCUUUAGCCUUUUUCAUUACUUUUCUCUCACUGCUUUUCCUUGUUUUCAUAAUUAAUCUCCAACUCGUCAGCUGAUAUGAUCAGAAAUUCAAAGUGCAUUUAAAAUUUUCGUUUUAAAAAAAAACUUUUAUAAUUAAAUUUUUGCUAAAUGUUUACAUCCCAUAAACAUUAAUUGGCAGUACAGUGAUACAUUCUGUAAGGAUAUUGGUACUUGAGAGGAUGAUAGUGUGACAAUCUGACAUCAAUUGGUGAUGCAAGCAAAACAAAGUAACGAUAUAACUUACAACGAGAAUAGCAGUCUGGAGAAAUUGAAACAUGUAGGCAAUAAGAGUGCACAUAGCAAUAAAAUGCCUAAAAUACUUGUAGUCAUUUGAGAGCAUGGGGGAAACCGCUUAACCCCUGGCAGCCUCUUACGAGGAAGCCUGUGUUCCAGCAGGAGGCUAUAGAAAGGAGACCUAUGGUAAAUAAAUUGGCAGGUACUAAUCAUAAUGUUGGCUGAUGAAGUAUUUAAAGGAUCACUAUAGGGUCAGGAACACAAACAUGUAUUCCUGAGACUAUAGUGUUAAAACCACCAUCUAGCCCCGCUGGGCCCCUCAUGCCUCCCUAAAAAUUGCAAAAUCUUACUGUAUUCAAGCUCGAAGCUGUAAUUCUGCAUGCUGUUGGCCCCCCAAAAAACAAGCAGUCUGCUGACAUAAUCAGAGGUGGUAGCUUGAUCCAAUCACAAUGCUUUCCCAUAGGAUUGGCUGAAACAGAUCAGGGGCAGAGCCAGCAUGAUUCAAACACAGCCCUGGCCAAUCAGCAUCUCCUCAUAGAGAUGAAUUGAAUCAAUGAAUCUCUAUGAGGAGAUGCAGAGGGAGGAGAUACUGAAUGUUUGGAUGCAUUUUAGGCAGCCAUGACCCAGGAAGGAUCUCUAACAGCCAUCUGAGGAGUGGCCAGUGAAGUUAUCACUAGGCUGUAAUGUAAACACUGCAUUUUCUCUGAAAAGACGGUGUUUACAGCAAAAGGCCUGAACGUAAUGAUUCUACUCACCAGAACAAAUUCAAUAAGCUAUAGUUGUUCUGGUGACUAUAGUGUCCCUUUAAGCUAAUAAUUUCCACUUUGCCUGUUUAAAAUGUUGAUGAAUCAGGGUCUUGGCAGCAUUUAGUAAGUGGGGAAGCAGAGACUACUUAUAUUUAUUUAGGGACAUGGAGGUAUAAUGGAACAGUUAAAGUUCCAAAUUUAAAGGAAAUUUGGUACCAGUGAUUGUGUUAAGUAAAGUUGAUAGUUUGGGCCUCUAAGUCUCUCUUUAGUCAAAGUGCCACCAUAUAUGUGUAUGAAUGUCCAGGUGGGCAUGACAUCUCUAGCACACCUAUUGGAGACAGUGGCGGACGCAAGUGUCAGUGAGAAUAUUUCCCCCACUCAUUCGACGAGCAAGGGGGAUUAAGUUCUUUAGACCAGCAUUUCGCAAAGAAAAUCAAUCUCGGAGUUGCUGAUUUUGGAGUGAUGCGCAAAAAGUAAAGAUAACUCACUAAAGCAUUUUCAGGCCUCAAUAGUCAAUCUGGAAAAUUUUUAUUUCAGUUUGCCUAUAUUAAUCUAAAAUUAAAUUCACUUUGAAAUCCUGGCACUUCAUAACAGCAGCAGUGUUCUCUUAUUGUGGUAUUUCCACAAAAGUCCUUUUAAAUACAACACACGGGUAAUAUUCUAGAUUUCAUGCACUUCUAUAAAGUGCAUGAAAAGUAACCUGGUAUAAUUUGCCCGCUUACUGGCAGUCUAUUGGCAGCUUUUAGUAGUUUUCCUUGUAGAGUGUUUAGACGUAUUAUUGUGUAUAGGAACAUGCAUGUAAAUGAACGCUACUUUUAAUAUGAAAUAUAUUUGUUUAACCCUUUAACUGUUCCUUUAAACUUGUUUUGGUUUUGUUAUUGUCAUAAAAAUGAUGUUUUUUUUUGUCUCCCCUUUUUUUUGCCUCUGUUUUGCUCAGGUGGCUUUGGUGCUGCUCCGGUGUUCGGCAGCCCUCCAACUUUCGGGGGAUCCCCUGGUUUCGGAGGGGCGCCAGCAUUCGGUACAGCCCCAGCAUUUUCAAGCCCUCUGGGCUCGACGGGAGGCAAAGUGUUCGGCGAGGGUACGGCUGCAGCUAACACAGGAGGAUUCGGGUAAGUAACUCUGCCAGAAAACUAAUUUUCUGUCUUUUAUUUUAUGUUUCCCCUGAGUUUCUGAUUAGGCAGUAGUGACGCUUGCCAUGGCACCACAAAUUAGUUUUUAGACUACAUGUCUCCUAAUGCUGAAUCAUUUCUUAAAUUCUCUUCUUAUCAUUGGAAAUUAGUUCACUGAUAUCUGGAAUGCUAUGAUUAACCAUUACUAUACCAUUACUGGUAUAAAUGCACACUGGUAUUCUUAUAGAAGUAGGUUCAAUCAAAAUAAGUUCUGUUUUUCCACUAUAAUAUCAAGAAUGCAAUCCACCCUUAGAAACAAAAGAGCAUACAAAAAUCCUAAUAUUCCUCCCUGCCAUCUCUCGCUCUAACAACUCCAUCCCCUUGUCUUUUCCAUCCAGCCUUCUCUCGCUUCCUGUCCUCCAUCUCCCCAUCUUUUCCAGAACAAAUAGUACAAUAAGGAUGCGCCCAAAAUGGAUACUAAAAUAUAUGAACUAAAAUAAAAUAUAAAACAAAGUGUAAAAUAUAGUAUAAAAAUUUAUAAAAAUAUAGUUUACAGUUGUCCAAAACUUAUCAAAGUCCGUGAUGAGUAAUCCCACGUAAAAACAAAGGAAGAUUCUUUAAGGUGUGGAGUACGGUCAAAUCUUCAUAAUGGUAUGUACAGGAUUCAGUGGAACAUAUGUGGAGAGAAGAAGAAACAGGACUCCAAUGGUACAGUAUGUAGAUACGUUGAAAAUAAAAUAGUAGAAUAGGUCUUACUCACAAUUUUCAGAGCUGAAGAUCCAGCUCUGAUGUUAUGCACGUGAAGUGGAAUAAUCCCCACUCAAGGAUAUAUGGAGUAGACUUCAAAUGGCGAUUCUCUGGUACACGUACAACGUCCAAAGUACAGACCCAAAAGAAGAAAAUAAAAUAUAUUGUGCUCUCUGUGUUACGGUAAAAUAUUAAAAUUAUAAAAAGAAUAUUACUCACAUUCUUUUGAGCAGGUAUAUACUGCUCACUAUAAGAGCUUGGGUGGUAUAAUCCCCACCUAUGGAUUCUUUAAGCUUCUUCUGAAAUUAGGCAAUAUACGUAGUCAGGUGAAAGACAAGAAAAGAAAAAUGGCAAUAAAGUGUUUUAUGCCAAAAAUUCUUUAUUAUAACGUAAUAAAAUAAUAUCUAGACGCGUUUCGCCACAGGGGCUUCUUCAAGUAGAUAAAAGAGGGAAAAAAGGGGGGACACACACCUGACAUACAAGGUUUAUAUAAGAUGCAAUAGGGCUAUGGGUUUAAAAUUCCCGCCAAAAUGACAUCAUCAGAGCAUCAAAAAUAGUGCAAACAGAGAAACAGUAAUUUUUCAUACAUAUAUGUAGAUAUAUAAUAAAUGUAGAUAUGUAGAUAUAAUCUUUUCCAACCCACCUUCUCUCGCUUUGUCAUCUUCCCUUCUUUUCCUUCCCACGUCUCUUGAUUCCUGCCACUCCAUCUCCCCAUCUUUCCUUCCCACCUUCUCUUGUUUAUUGGCACUUCAUCUCCCCAUCUUCCAUUCGGCCUUGUCUCGCUUCCUACCACUCCAUCUUUCCUUCCUACCACUCAAUCCCCCAUUUUUUCCUUCCUGUCUUCUCUCGCUUCCUGCCCUCCAUCUCCAUUUUUUCCUUCUCACCUUCUCUCGCUUCCUGCCACACCAUCUCCCAAUCUUUUCCUUCCUGCCCUCCAUCUCCCCAUCUUUUUUCCCGUCUUUUUUCGCCAUCUCCCAUCUUUUCCUUCAACCUUCUCCCCCCUGCCCUCAAUCUCCCCAUCUUUAUCUAACAGCCUUCUCUCGCUUCCUGCCACGCAUCUCCCAAUCUUUUCCUUCUCACCUUCUCUCGCUUCCUACCAUGUCAUCUCCCCAUUUUUUCGUCCCUGUCCUCCAUCUCAAGGAUGGAGGCAAUUGUAAGUUUUGAGCAAAACAAAACCUGGAAUUUGAGCCAUAUCUAUUCAACCAUAAUUUACCUCUCUUUUUAAGUGCACCCACACUUAGUAUAUAACAUUUUGUUGGGCUUUCAUUUCACAUCAAGUAUUCAUAUAUGAAACAUCAUUUAACAUGAAGAAAAUCUAAAAAAAAAUGAAAUGUGAAAAAUUAUGAAUUUUCCAAGUACUGAAUGGCAUUUGAGUGCUUCCCUUUUCUAUAAUAUUUAUAUAUAUAUUUAAUCAUCAAUUGUUCCUGCAUAUAUAAUUUCAUUCUAAGUGUAUAUUUAUUUAUUUUUACAUAAUGAUGUGGUUUUAUUAAUUAAAUGUUGGAGGGAUUUUUCUGAUAAACAAGGCAGUCCCCUUGCAGUCAAUCCCGCUGAUCCGAGUCAUGUGAUUAUGGUGUCAGAUAGUUCUGGUACAGAAAGGGCCUGAUCGUAAAGUCAUGCUAUGCCGCCCUAAUGGCGCUAAUGCCCUCCUUUUGUAGGACAGCAUAGCACGUCCGAAUGUCUGGAAGGGGUUAAUAUAUUAUGCAUAUUUUGUUUGUUUUUUUUGUUUGUUUUUUACACAUAAUGUUUUGUAUGUAUGAUUAUUUUCUCCUUGUUAUAUUGUACUCUAGCCCCUUAAUAUUGCCCCAUCUUGCAGAUUCGGAGCCAGUCCUGGUAACACCACCUUUGGCAACAUAGCAAGUCAGAACACCCCAACCUUUGGAUCUCUGUCCCAGCAGGGCACUGGUUUUGGGGAGCAGCAGAGUGGUGGGUUCUCUGGGUUUGGGUCAAGCGGAAGUGCACCGCCAGCAGCAAACAGUGGAGGUACUGGGUCCAUUUGAUUUUACAGUAGUAGUUGGUCUUUAUUAAAGUGUAAUCACGUGAAUAACACUCUUCCUAUAAUUGUUUUUAUUUUUAGGAUUUGGAUUUGGAGUUGCUAAUCAGUGAGUAUCCACUGUCUUUUUUUGUAAAUUUGCCCAUUACAUUGUAUUUAGCAGAAUUGCAUGACAUCUGAGAUUGUGGUAUCAUAUGAAGAGAUUUCUUUUCCUCCCUUACUUUCAGCCAGGCACAGCCAGCAUUUUGCACCAAUCCCUUAGGCAUGGAAUACAUUGGAGGAUCCUCUGGCCAUUAAACUAUUAAUCAUGCUCAAAUCAAGAAUUCUAGUUUGUAUGUUUUCCUUAUAUUUAAAAUGUCUUUUUCAGUUUUAAAUAACAUUCCCCAGAACCAUCUAACUUCAUAUAGACUAUAAUUAUUCAGUAAAUUGCUGCUCUGCCAUAAAGACAUUUUGGCACAACAGAUAUAUGCAAACUCACUCCAAGCAUUGUGGGUAAUGUUAUAGAGAAAAGGUUUAAUAUCUCUACAUAAUGAAUAGAACUUCCUAAAUUCAUAUCUUGGCUAGCGAUCACCCGAUCCACCAUGUUUUUCUUGAAAACCUAUAUUUACAUAUAACAUGGGGUUCUACCUGGGCUGUGUACAAUUCUUUUGCUGCAGCAGGAAAAUCAGUUUGUCAGGAAGGAGUUCCAAAGGACUUUAAUUUAAUUCAUUUCCUUCAUGGGUAUUGGGGACAUGCUACAGGGCAGCUCUUUUCAUGUUCUGCCCAAUGUAAAUGGUGUAUGUCCAGGAAAACAUGGGGGAUCUGACAACUGAACUCUUAACAUAGUUUUGCAGCAACAGUAAUGGGGAUUUGAGUGAAAACCUGAUGCAACUUGCCCAUCACCAAAUGCCUUUCACUGCGUGUACAUAUUAAGAUUAACUUGUAUCAAUUCUCCCAUAAAUUACUAUGAAACAAGAUCUUUUUUUGAGCUAGAUUAUGUUGAUUUAACUUCCCUUAUAUCAUAGCAUGAUGGGAUUUUCCAAUACACUUGUCAAGUUUGACACUGGAAAAGUCAUGUUCUAUUUUCAGUUGAAUUCGGGGAAUCUAUUUGAAGCAUUCGUUGUGUUGAGAUAUUUCAGUUACUUUUUUUGAUUUGUUCAUUGCAAACAGCUGAAAGUCUGUACAUUUUUACAAUAAACCGGAUUUUCAAUGAGGGUUGAAUAAUUUUGAUUACAACUGAAUAUAUUUACUACGCAUGUGGCCCUAAUGCUCAAUUUUAUUUGCCCUAUAAUUGUAAUCCUUAAAUUGUACUGGUCAUUGUACGUGUAAGUAAACGAAAAGGAAUUAAAGGAACAUCAAUUUCCACUUCCUGUCAAUGAAGUGGUCUGGGUGCCAUGUGCCCCCCAUUUUAACCCUGCAGCUGGAAACAAUGCCAUUCUGCAGUAAUGGCAAUGUUUUUAUUUCAUGGUCAACCUGUUUGUACUGGCUGUCAGUGUGACAGCCACUAGAAGCACGUCGGUGAAAUAGUGGAGUGAGUCAGGAGGCCAUAAGAGACCAUCAGUUUGGUGCAGUGUGCUGUUCUGCUGCACAUGCGCACUGGACUCCAAUGCAUUCCUAUGAGAAAGUAUUGGAUUGGCUGAUAUCAUCGAUGUCAAUCAAAGAGGCAGGCCAGCCGCGGAGAGAGCAGCAUGGCGUGGGAAACUAGGUAAGUUAACUCUCGAGGAGUUACAUUGUAACCCUUGUGUGGGGGAGCAGGGGGGCAUCUGAUAGUGUUUCUUUAAAUGGCAGAGAAUUUCACCUAUACAUGGUGCUAAUAAAAAUAUAUAGCAAAUGUAAAUUCCACCACUUGUUAAUCAGUUUUCAGUAUACAAAUCUCUGUUGGUGAUAUAGAGGACUGUGUCAAGGAUUUGGUCACAUUAGAGAACAAGAUUAUCCUCCUAAAUGUGGUUCUCCUGCAGAGAGAGAACCCUUCUCAUACUUGCUGGAGGUAUAUAGGAGCCAUGAGCUGGCAGUGAACCAUUUAAGCGCCUGCACAGAGUAAGCAGGCUGUGCAUUCUGUCAUCCUCUUUUACCAUCAGGACCUGUUUUGCAGGUAUCUGUAUCCACUGCACUAUUCCGCACUGCGCUGAAAGCACAUUUUCCUGAGAAGGGAGACUUGAUUUAUCCAACAUGAGCAUGCAGUUUGUGCUUUGUCCUUACAAGUUCUUAGACACCUUCUGGGAAGCAUUGCUUCCCCAUUUGUUAGUGGGAUGGCAGGUGAGUCUAUUCACCACCAAUCAAUAAGAAAAUAAGUGUGCAUAUGCAGACACAUUCAUAGCAUCAUAACUAGUACAAGUGGUAGUGAUUAUGCUUGCAGUUUCCCUUUGACCAGCGACAAAAUCUAGUACCCACAGUGUUGCUUCGCAUUUGUUUCAUCUUUCUGGGUUGAUUUUUAUCCUAUUCUUUUUCUGAAAUGGCCUUUAUUGUCCCAACAGGUCCACGUCUGCAUUUGGCGGGGGCUGGAGAGGCUGAGAGAUGGAGAAAGUAGCAGAAGAAGCUGACUUGUUAAAUAUUUUGAUAGCGUCGCAAUUUUCUUUUCUCAAGUUUUUUCAUUUCUCAAGGUCCUCAAUAAAUUAUAAUUUUUUUGAUUUUU